UGUUAUUUUCUCCAUGCUGGCGCUCACAUUGAAGCUGGGUCUUCGUGUCGCUGGCGCUUUGGAGCAACGAGAAAAAGGUGUGUAGCAGCACUUGAAGUUUAGUUGGUCAGUCUCGGUUUCAGUAUCGAACCGGCUUUCUACUGCAACGGAUUGGAAAUAAAUAGCAAGAAGGCGAAAAACGCACAAAUUAAUAUACAUACAUAUGUACAUACAUAUAUGUAUAAAUUUUUCUACUUAAAAUAUUUUGCAUUAUUACCCCUCGAAGAAGAAAAUUAAUGUUGUUAAGUAGUUGUGAAAAGGCUACUAUCAUAUUUAUGCGAACGCCAAUUGUGUGAAUUAGCAAAUUUUUGUGACAAAUUAAAUGUGUGAAACACGAAUAGAAUACUAAACCGUUCAAGCUUACGGUAAAAAGAGUAUGUACAGCACUUGCACUAAAAUUUUUUGAAAAAUAAGUCGUGUAAAAUAUUUAUCAAUCAACGAAAAAGCAAACAAGAGAAAAUUGAAAAUUUAUUAAAUGAAAAUUUGAAAGCCCUUCAAAGUGAAAAGGAAGGGUGCGCGACGUGAAAAGUGAGAAGCAUAAAGUGAAUUGUGUUUGUUAAACCGUUUUUUGUUGUACUAUUGACUACGGCGCGUAGCUGUUUCGCGUACAAAGACGCAAUAAGUUUAAUUACUAUUUUUCCGUGUUAAAAGUGCCAUAUUGCCAGAUUCGUUACGUUUGUUUUGGCACGCGUACGCCGAAAUCCUUAUAGUGGGAGCGUGAGUCCUGACCGAGGCGUUAUGUGUUUGUGAGAAAAAUCGAUUAACUUGCAUGUGGAGUUUUCACUUCAACACCAUUCGUACACAGUCGGACACAUAGCGAAACAGCCGUGAAUUGUACGACGUAAAACACGCUGAGACAACGCCAAUGUGUUGUCCUGCCGACUGGACGUACAUGACAAAAGCAGCAGCAGCAGCAGUAAACAUAUCGAUGUCAUGGACAGAGAUCCAGGAAAGAAUAAGGACCCACCCACUGCACCGACAGCCGGUGAUGUGGGUCGAGACCGUGAUACCAACAAUGAGAGCGAGUAUGCAGCAGUAGGCCCACCGCCUAUACCAGCUACGCGCACACGGCGAUUACAUCGCACAGCUGACGUGUUGCCGUCAAGUGGCGCUGCAACACCAUUAGAACCAGCUGUGACCGACAUUGGCACUGUUAUUGCGGAUGACACACACGAACAGCUGGAGACGUCAACAAUUACGCGCACAUAUACUACGCGUAAGAUUAUACAUUGCUCGUCGGAAUUCCAUGAGAGCAGCUCUAGUUCUAGUUCGGUGCAAUAUGUGGCCGAGGAAGAGCUCGAUGCGCCUACAACACCGCAACGUUUACGCCAGAAAGUGGCGGAGUAUGAAAAAGUUUGGUCCUCUGGCGGUAGUCUUAAGCGUUCGCCGGAGGAGAGUGCCGAAGAGUUGCGACGCGAAUUCAUGGAAGCUACGUCGGCGGAACACUCAUCGCAAGCCAUUACCGUUGUUGGGGAGACAUUAGAAAAUCCUUUUGAUAUUGAUGUGUUGGAAAUUGAGAAGCGUCUGCGUAGAGAACGACAGCGUGGUUUGGCUGAAGCUGAAGCGGCUAAGCAGGCAUUUCAACAGGUGCAGUUGCGUCAUACGCCACAACCAUCGCCACGUCGGGUAGACGUACAAGAAGAUUACACAGCGUUACCAUUUAAUGUGACACUGCGUACAACCACUAAAUUAAGCCCCGGUAAUGAAUCAGGACAUAUCGAAGUAGGAGACGAACAAUCAGCAAGUCCUUUUAAUGUAACACUGCGUACAACACGACGCAUUGUGAAGAAGGAUUUAUCGACGAGCUCACAGCAAUAUGAAGAAACUUCAACGACCACCGGUAGCCCUUUCAAUGUCACGCUACGCACAACAACACGACAAGGCUAUCCGAUAAGCCCCGUUAGUCCUGGCGAUCCGAAAAAUGCAUCUGCGCGUUUUCUGGAAUCUGAGCAGACCGUACGCGAAGUACAUGCCGUUGAUGGUGUACGCACGAUCGUUACUUCGUCCAUGACUAGUGAUGGACGCAAGCACGAAGAGAAAAUUUUCCGUCAUGGCGAAGGUUAUGUGUCACCUCGCUGUUCACCGCAACGGGAAAAUCGCGCUUUCUUCGAAUCCAUGGAGAGAGAACAUGAAGGUUCCGUGCCGCGUUCUUUGAGCGGCCGUGCCAGCGCAACACCACCACCACGAACUGUAGAUAUGACCGCCGGUGGUCGCCGUAUAUUAAUACGUUUGGAGGAUGAAAGUCACGACACGAGUGCAUAUCAUGAAAACAGCGACAUUACUGACUCGGUGCAGGCGCGCAUUCGUCAGUUAGCGCGUAGUCCGGACGGUGGCGGUGGUGCCGCUGCUAUGUACAACGUUGCGAUGGAAACGUCACCUGGUAACAUUGACAUUACCGUGGGUAGUACGCACCACCACCACCACCAUCAACAUCUACACCAUCAACAACCAACGCAACCGCAACAGUCGGGCCAAUGGUAUUACCAACAGCAACGGCAAGAACAACAAAUGGAAACCAACAACACUAUGGAAAAUAUGAUUUUGGAAACUCAGGAACAAACCCCAUGGCAAAGGCAAUCAGGCGAAGCAGUAACAAUCAGUACAGAAAAAGGCGAAGCCGCGGCAGGACAUACAGUAACGGGUACGCAUACGGCUAGCAUAUUGAAGACGGGCCAAUCGCACGAUUCUUCCGCAGAAGAAUCGCAACGAGUUGUCAGCAGAAAGAAGAAAACGACAACGACUACAACGACGACAGUAACUAGUAGUAGUAGGCACGCGACGAGCGAAGAACGUGAAUUACGCGAAGAACAUCAGCGUCAAGCUUUUGCCGGAAAAUUAACGCGUCCAACUGGUUUAGCUCUAUCCGGUGCUAAUGUGCGUUUGGGUAGCGGCACGGUUGGACAGGAAAAGGUCGAAAACCCUUUGAAAAGUGAUUUAAGUGACGAUUCGGAUACGGAAGGCGUCGCUGCAAAGCAUCUGGUAAUUGUGCCCACACGUGUGGAGCCCAACCAGGCAGCCGGCAGAGUUAGCCGCAGUCAAAGUCCGAGUGUUAGUGUGAGUGCAAGUGCAAGUGCAAUACAUACGCCGACAACCCCUUCAACGACAACUGCAAGCAGUACUUUCGGUAAGAGUCUGACAGGUCAUCAGACACUACAACAACAAAGUACUCAAGACGAAUACCAAGAAUUCCAAUCCACAAUGGCAGCGAUUAAUUUCGCACGCAGCAACUCCCAAUACGACAGUCAUAUCAGGGAGAAGAGAGAGGAGCAAGAACGUGUGCAGAAGAAGACAUUUACUAAUUGGAUUAAUUCGUACCUCUCGAAGCGUGUUCCACCGCUUCGUGUUGACGAUUUAAUCAACGAUUUACGCGACGGUACCAAACUUAUUGCACUUUUGGAAGUGCUUUCCGGCGAACGUUUGCCCGUGGAGAAGGGUCGCGUUCUACGACGUCCGCAUUUCCUCAGCAAUGCCAAUACAGCCUUACAAUUCUUAGCUAGUAAACGUAUUAAAUUGGUGAAUAUCAACCCGGCAGAUUUGGUGGAUGGGAGACCACCAGUUGUGUUGGGUCUGAUAUGGACCAUCAUAUUGUACUUCCAGCUUCAUAAGAAGAGGCGGAAAAAAUUAGUAGUAGUAAUAAAUUAUGCGCCACAGAUUGAGGAGAACAGCCGCAACCUUGAAUAUUUGGGUCAUGGUAUCAGCGGUUCGGUUAGUUCUCUGGACAGCGUUGGCAAGAAUGUCAGCGAUCAAAAGGCUGAGAAAUGGAAGCAAGGUGCUAGGAAGACUCUAUUGAAUUGGGUUACCAAUGCCUUGCCAAAAGACAGCGGUAUUGAGGUAAAGGAUUUCGGUGCCAGUUGGAGAGAUGGUGUCGCCUUCCUAGCCCUGAUUGAUGCCAUUAAGGCGAAUCUUGUCAAUUUGGCUGAUUUAAAGAAGACCAACAAUCGUCAACGUCUGGAAACUGCUUUCGAUGUGGCCGAAAGCAAGCUGGGCAUUGCCAAAUUGUUGGACGCUGAGGAUGUGGAUGUACCCAAGCCGGAUGAAAAGAGUAUAAUGACAUAUGUGGCGCAAUUUUUGCACAAGUACCCUGAACCAAAAGGUGCCUCACGUGAUACAUCACAUAUACAGCAGGAGUUGGACGAAUUACGUCGCUUCCUGGUGGAAAAGACUACCGAAUACGAGCCCAUGGUCAUGUCGAAUUCAUUCCCGCGUGAUUUCGCUGAAUAUCUGAUUGCACGUUCAGAGAUCGACGCCCACUUGCCGGUCUACAAUCGUCUGAAGCAGUUGAUGGAUAGCCAAAGUGGUUUCCUACAAGUGCCGCGCCCCGUUUGGGAAGACAUAAAUGCGCUGUGGCAACGUUUACAAUAUCAAAUGAACUAUUGGCUGUGGUUAUUGGAUUCUGAAUUGCCCGGCGAAUUCGGUGUGGUCGGCAAGUGGUUAGCUGAAGCCGAAAAAUUGCUAAUGGAUAACGAGAUACCGAACGCCAUGAAUGAGGAGACAGCAUCGGUGAUUAGUAGAAAGCUGGAGGAGCAUAAAUUAUUCUUCGCCGAUUUGCCACGCAUUCUGGCGAUGUUCGAUAAUGCCAAACGUUCACCAUUGGUGCAGCAAGUGCCCAUUGAACAGUUGCGCAAUAUGGAGCGUCGUCUGCAAGAUGUGGCACCGAGAGCGGCUGAGCGUAGAAUACGCCUGAAAUUCCUCGAACACAAGUGUUGUCUAAUUGCUUUCCUCAAUUUGGUUGAGAACAAGAUGAAGGGUUGGACCGGCAAAUAUGGCUACGAGGAGAAGGUCAGUCAACAACUGGAACAAUAUAAGAAUUUCGUGUCGCGCAACAAAAUCUUCCAAGAGUUCCAGAAAGCAUUCGUCGAUAUGCAACAAGUGGUGGACGAAUACAAGCGCGAUGGCAAUGUGCCGCGCAAUGACAUAACCGAAAUCGAUCGUUUCAUGUAUGAGACUGAAGAACGUUGGAAACGUGUCUCCAUGGAAUUGAAAUGUUGUCAAAACUCGCUGGAAGAGGUUGUAAGCUGUUGGAAAACAUGGAAUCAGCUGGCGCCAACUUGUGAAGAAUGGCUGAACCUGGCCGAAACUAAACUGUCACGUUCCGAGGAUGAACGUUUAGAGUUCUUCCAGGAUAUCACCACUUGGAAGGAUAAAUUCGAUACACUUGCCAAUGCGGCCAACUAUUUGAUUGCCUCCUGCGAAGAUGGCAUUGCCAAUAAUCUACGCCAGAAACAUGGCAAUUUGUCGGAACGCUUUGAGCGUCUCUUCGCCAACACCAAACAAUACAUGCACGCCGGUGAUAUUAUACGUGCACGCAAUGAAUACAAGUCCGGCAUUGAGAAGCUCUCGCAGUGGCUGCGUCAUGCCGAACAAGUGCUGGAGCAGCGUCAAAUGCUCGGCAACACGCAGCAAAUUACCAAAUAUGGUGAGGACUUGCAAAAGUUAGCCAGCGAGAUUGACGAUAAUGAGGAGCUCUUCAAGACAGUCAGCCGUAACUUCCAGGGUCUCAUACAGGAUCUACCACGCGAAGAAGUUGAUAAAAUGAUGAAGCUACUGAAACAGGAGAAGGAGUCUUUAGUGCGUAUACGCGCACAAAUACCCGCCAAACUGCACCUCUUCCACCAGCUGCUCAUACAACAGGAGUCACUCGAAGCGGGCCAGAAAGAAAUACAUCAAUGGCUCAACGACGCUGAGGCCUUGUUGAGCACACAUUCAUUGUCGGGUGGACGCGAUGCUAUCAGCGAAGAACUAAAUAAGCAUAAGACUUUCUUCUCGCGCACGGUCUACUAUCGCUCCAUGCUGGAGAGCAAGAAUAAGGUUUUCCAGAACUUGCUGAAAUCUGUCGCCGCCGAUGAAAAUAUUGACACCUCACAGACGGCACACAACAUGCAGCAAUUGAACGAGCGUUUCAAUUACGUCAUACAGAAUGCCGAACAGUGGGAGCAGCGCUUGAAUGACGCCUCACGUGGCUGGCACGCUUUCAAAGAGAAUGAACGUGUUGUCAGUGAGUGGCUGACGCAGGCGGAAUCUAUGCUUAUUGAGAAACACAUUGAGUCGAAGACAAUAAUCGAGACGCAGAAGUAUUUCUUUGAAAAUGUUAAUGAGCGUUGGAUGCACAAUCUGGUAGAAUCUGCACAGGAUUUGCUUAAAACUUUGCCAGCACAAGAGCAAAAGCCUGUGGUGGACUCCGUUGAGAAAUUACAAAACAAGUGGCAACAGGUGCUGUCGCAAGCACCAUUGCAUUUGCUGAAACUCGAGUUCCGUUUGGAUGAAUCGGCUUUCUAUCAGACAUUGCAAGAGGUCGAAAAGGAAUUGCACCUGGAACAACAAGCUUUGAAUCGCAACGAAGAUAUUGACUCAAUACUGAAUCGUAAUGAGCAUUUCUUCCAACAACAAGGACCCAUACCGCGCAUUGAGAAGAGCUUGCAGAACAUGCAACGCAUCAGUCAAGCAUAUGGCUACCAGAAACCGACCGAUAUUAGUCUGAAUCAGGCCUACGACAAUGCCAGGUUGCAGUGGCAGCAAUUGUCUGGUAAAAUCGGCGAUAUGCGCGAGACAUUGCAGCAGAUACCUGCGCAAUGGGACAGCUACCAUGAGAAGUUCAAGGAAAUGGUUGAAUGGAUGAAUAUUGUCGAUAAGAGCUUGAAGAACAUUGUCAACGAAGUGAACAGCAUGGAAGAGUUCGAGAAGGAGAAGGUGGUCUUCCAGCUCAGGGAACUUGUGAAAAUCUGUCAAGAAGCAGAUAACAAAAGGGAGGACAUGAAAUGGCUGGUGAAAACGCUAGACUCCUUACUUAGCUACGCCAGCGAAGAUGAGGCCAAUCUCGAACAGAAGAAACUCGAAGAUCUAAUUGCUCGCUACAAGAACCUCAUACCGACCAUCGAAAUAACAAUGGUGAAGACCGAGGUGUUCUCCAAGUGCUACACGUAUCGUCGUGAGGUGCACGAGGUUGUCUGUCUGCUUAGCAAAGUGAAGGAGCAAGCCACCAAUAUACCACCACCAGAGAGUCUUGAACGUGUCAACAAGCUGAUUGAAGAGCAACAGUAUGCCAUUAGCCAGCUUGAUCAUCAACGUCCACACAUCAUGUCAAUGCUGCAGCGUGGUCGUGAUUUAAGUAAAGACGUGCAUGCGCCAUCUUUCGUUAAUGUCGAAGUGAAGAACUUGGAGACCGGUUGGAAUGAGGCGUACACAGAAACCGCUGACAAGCUGCAAUCACUCAAGGGUACACAAGCAGUGUGGAAUGACUUUGUCGAUCAGAAGAACGACAUCUUUUCAAUGCUACAGACAGCGGAGACAGAGUUGCGUGCGCUAACGCCAUUGCAAACUGAUCCCAAGAAUGUUAGCCAAGAUUUGCAUGCGAAGCGUGAACUGAACUUACAAUUGCAGCAAGCCUCCCAUCAACUACUGCCCAAAUUACACUCCUUGAAAGCCGAAUUGGCGCCUUUGGCUGCCGCUGAUAAGCGUCCCAUAUUGGAGAAGGAGGUAACCGAGGUUGAGAAGAUGUUCUUCAAUACCAUGGAACAUGUAAAAGAUCGCGUUGGUUAUCUGGAAGACUAUAGUGCCAAGUGGAAUAAUUACAAAUCCCGUUUGUCUGAGUUGCAAGAAUGGGCAAACCGUGUAGCACCGAAGAGCAUUGAGGCCUUACAGUCGGAAGAUCUCACACCCGAAGAGCGUGUAGUGAAGGUGAACGCAUUCAAGGGCGUACUUGGCGAACGUAUGAAACAAUUGGACAUUUUGGCUUCGGAUGCUGCCGAACUGGCGCCCAAAGAGGGUAACAUUGCUGAGGCUAAACGUCUUAAGGGUGAAAUUACCAAGUUACAAGAGGUGUUGAGCGCUAUCAACCGCAAUGUCGAUCAUCAAGCAAAGGCUGUGCAAGAGGACCUGGUGAAUUGGCAACAGUAUCAAACUGGUUUGCAGCAAAUCAAGCCAGUUAUUGAGGAAAGUGAAAUCAAGGUAAAUACAAUAGUUCCUAAGCCCAUUACACUUGAAGAAGCCGUUGCGUUGCAACAAAAUGCCAAACAAUUCGAAACACAAUGCCUUGAGCAGUUAGACAGACUCCAAGGCAUUUCAAACAUUAGUCAUAAAAUGCUGUGCAAAACCAAUGCCCCUGACGAGUUAGAUGCCAUGCAUUCUCGCUGGACAUCAGUUCAUGAAAAUGCCAAGCAAGCCAGUGGUAAGCUGGAAAAACUGGUCGCGAAUUGGAAAUCAUUCGAUGCCGAUGCAGCCAAACUCGAAGAUUGGGUCAACAAAGGCGAGCAAGUAAUGGGCAAACGUCCAGCUGUGCUCAAUACACCGCACGUCGAUAAGCUUGAGAAGGAACUCGUUAAACUGAAGUCGUUCAAUAAUGAAAUUUCUGAACAACAGGCGAAACUCGUCGCGCUCGGUCAGUCAGCCGAUCAGAUAAGCUUGCAUUUGGCACCAGAAGGCGCAGUUGCGCUCAAAGAUCGCGUAAAUGGCAUGAAAGCCAAACUGCAAAAGCUCUCCGAGGCCACACGUGCCAAUAUCAACGAAGUAUCGGACGCAAUUAUUGCGCGCCAAGACUUCAACGCCAAAAUGGUAAACUUCUCCAACUGGAUGGAUCAGCUGCGUAAUCAAGUCGCGCAAGUUGAGGAGAUCAAUCCAGAGCGCGUUGAGACCAGUCUGCAUGUAAUACAUGCGCUGAUGCAGGAGCACGCCGACAAGAAACCCAGUUUCAAUGCCAUUUAUGAUGAAGUGAAGCAGCUGUCACUUUCUGCGCCAGCUGAAGAAGCUAAAUCCCUGAAUGAUUCAUACACCGGUUUAGUUGUUAACUAUCAGAAUCUCGAGACCAACUUGCAGCAGAAAAAGAUUGCGCUCGAAAAGUGGACAGAGAUUUUGGGCUGGAAGAAUGAAACCGAAAGUCAUCUGAAUUAUUUGAAACAUCAACUGGAGAAACCUGAUGGUCCGCAGCCCGAAGAGCUUAACAAGAUUAUCAAUGAAAUCGACACAAUUGGUAGCUCAAUAAGUUAUUGGAAAGCACAAGCCAAGGACAUCGACGAAAGUCCAGCUAUACAAUUGCGCGAUGCUUUGACACGUAAACCAUUGAUUGCCUCACAGAUUGUUAACGAUAUCGAAAACAAAUUAGAUAAUCUUAAGCUGCGUUCUCAAGCACAAAAACAACAGGCUGAACAGAUGAAUGUACGUAAAGAGAAAUUCCAAACUCUCGGCCAAAAUUUCGGCCAAGCGUUGUUGGACAAUCGUGCUAAAUUGAAUAGCAUUCUUCAACAGAAGCCCGGUUUAGAUAACAUUGAUCAAAUAAUCGCCGAUUUAGUAGCGCUUAACGAAGUCAUUAAAGGUCAAGCAGACAUGAAGAAUCGUCUACAUGAUGAAGGUUCUAUACUGAUGCGUGAAGAUAUCGCCAGUAUGCCAGCCAUACAAGAGAGUCUUCUAUUCUUCGACAAAGAUUAUGACACGCUACAGAAUGAAAUCGCCGAACGCAUACAAAAGUAUAACUUGAUUAGUCAAGCGCUACGCGAAUACGCCGAUACCAAGGAUAAGUUCGCAAAAGAGCUGAAGAAGGCCGAGGAUCUCUUCAGCGCUAUACCACAGCAACCACGCGAUGAAGUGGAGUUACAACAGGCCGCAGAAAAAACACGCAAAACUAUGGAGCAAAUACGUAAAUCCAAGACGAAUCUCGAUGAUUUAGAGCGUCGCGGCAAUAACGUGGCGAAGCUAUUCGAUGCAAUCGGCGAAGUUGUGCCACAAGAAAUAGGCAAUGAUGUGAAGACAGCCAAACAGCAAUGGCAAGAUCUGCACGAUAAGACUGCAAAGAACGCACAUAUCUACGAAACAGAAGCUGUUAUUUGGUCACAGAUUGAGGAUGCCAAGAAAGAACUUCUACCAUGGUUGAGUGAAACCAAUCAAGGUUUAUGCGAUGCCGCUGACAACUCAAUCGAAAUCGAGUUCGGACCAAUGCGUCUAACUAAAUUCCAUGCGGAAUUGCCUUCUUACCAAGUAUUGAAGGACACCAUUGCCGAGAAGAGUCGUGAGCUUGUGAACAUUAACAAUGGCAUGGAGAUUCCAUCUCUUACCGAAUUGAAUAAACUACUGACUGCGCAGUUCCAAGAGGUCGAUUCGAAUGCAGCACGUUUGGAAGCUGUAACCUCUACCUUUAACGAGCAAGAACAAGAUUUGCGCAAGCGGAUCAAGAAUGCCGGCGAACAAGUGAACAAAUUGCGUGAACAGUUAAUCAAAUGUGAUGACAUGUCCGGUGAGCCGAACAAAAUCAUGGAACGUUUACUUAAGUGCCGCGAAUUGCGCGCCGAGUUAGACAAUAGUGCUAAUGAAAUUGACAACAUCAAGCAACGAGUUGAUGAGAUGCGCUCACAAUAUCCCACUUUCAGCGAGUCUAUCAUACCCAAAGAGCUGAACAAUGUGCAAAAACGCUUCGAGGCUGUCGAUACACAUGCCAAGAAGAUCGAGUCAUCACUUUUGCAAUUCCUUAAGAAAUUCCAUGCCGACAAAGUGAACAUGCUGAAACGUAUAAUUGCUACCCAACGCGAGAAGGUCGCAUGGUGCCAGCCAGAGUCGACGAGUGACAAAUACAAUUUGGAUGUGAAGCGCUCGUCAUUGUUGGAGGUGAGCAAAGCGAUUGAUGAUUGUCACAAGCGCAAUGCCGAUAUUGGCAAAUCUCUGGAGCUACUAACAGCUGUGGAGUCGCCACAAAACCUGAAAGACCUACAAAAGGACGCACAACUGUUGGACGGUGAAAUGAAAGCACUGCAGGACAGUUUCGACAAAAUCAAGAAUGUGCUCGAUGAAAACGUAGAUUUAUGGUCGCAAUAUGAGCAGUCCAAUGAAGAGCUCUCCGCCUGGUUGCGUGACGUUGAGGGACGCAUCAAGGCCGAGACUAGCAAUCAAGUGAAUGUGCCUGAAAUCGAGAAGAAGUUGCAAGAACUUGCUUUGUUACAACAGGACAUUGCGGCACAUGAGCCGGUUGUGAAGAAUUUGGAGAAGACUUCACAGUUGCUGAUGGAGAAAAAUCCUGAGGCGCGCAUUAGCCAGUUUGUCACGCAUUUGUUGCAGCGUUACCAGACUGUGGCGAAGAGCUUGGCCGGCUACGUCGACAAAGUGCAUAAUGCCCAACGGGCGAACAACAAUUUCCUAACUGCCACUAAAGAAUUCAAUGAUUGGUUGUCUGAUGCCAAGAUUGAAUUCCAAGAAUUGGCGCGUAUGGGUUCGCCCGGCUCAUCUUCGGCCACUGCACAGCAAUUGCAGACAAUUAAGAAUUAUUUGCAGACCUUCGAUAAUGGACAAAUUCUAUUGAAUAAUGCUGUGGAUAUUGGCGAAGCAUUGUAUCCCAUUGUAACACCGGAGUAUCGCGAAAAGAUACGUGCGGAGUUACGUAACGAACGCGAGAACUAUGACUAUUUGCGUGACGAGGCGAAUGCGCUUUUGCAACAAGUGGAGGCAGUUUUGAUACAGAAGACAUCCAUUGAAGAGAGUUACACACAAGUAUCACACUAUCUCAAUGAAUCCAAAGCCAAGGUGGCGGCUGCUGACGAGCUCUAUCCCACAUUGGCGGCUAAGAAGAGUGCCCUGCAGAAUUACAAGACACAGUUGCAAGAGAUUACUUUGCAUAAGAAUGCACUCAAACAGUUACAUGACAAGGCUGUGACACUAUGCGAUGAUGAAUCCGAACGCAAGACCGAAGAGUCUAUUGAAGAGUAUAAUGGUUUGUCGAAGAAGAUCUCCGACCGGAUAAAUGUGGUUGGUAACCAGGUCGUUAAACAUGAGGCGUACGACCAGGUAUUGGAGAAAGCACAAGAUUGGCUUAAUACCAUCAAAUCUGAAGCUAUUGACAUUUUGAAUGAGACAACUUUCGAAAAGGAAGGCGCAGAAGAGAAGUUGACUGUUGUUGAAAAUCUAUUGCAACAUAAGCCUGAAGGUGACUCCAUAUUCGAUACAUGCCAACAACUAUUACAAACAGUGCUAACACAAACACAUCUCAGUGGUCAUCCUGCUUUGCUACGCAGCUUUGAAGAACCCAAGAAGGCGUGGGUAGACUUCAUGACACUCUGUCAAGACUCGCUCGUCAAGUUGAAACAGCUCUGCUCUAAAUGGGAUGAGUUUGAGUCGAUUAUCGAUGAGAUCGAUAACUGGAUGAAGGACGUUGAGAAUGUUGUGAAGAACCAGAGUCUGAAAAGCACGGCCGGCACGAAAAAAGCACAUUUGGCACAAUUACAAAACAUCGCCAAAGACAUUGAACAACGUGCAACGUCCAUUAAUGAUCUACUCGAUCAGGGUCGUGAAAUUGAAGGUGAAACCGAUUUGAAUCUUAAAUUAUCGCGCUUAAAUACACGCUAUCAAACCUUGAAGAAUCUCUGCAAGGAAUCUAUUGCGAAGUAUGUCAACUACGCAAAAGAUCACGAAACAUUCGACACUGAUUAUGAGGUUUUCAAAAAGGAUCUGCAACAGUGUGUAGAAGAAUUGGUACAAAAUAGUGAGAUUGUUGGUGACCAAAAUGUGUUGCAAGAUCGUCAAAAUAAAUUGCGUGAGAUGGCGGACAAGCGUAUCAACGACUCUACCGCAUUCGAGAGCUUGGUGGAUCGUGGCGAAAAACUGUACGGACAUACAAGCCCCGAUGGUCGCGAGAUCAUACGCCAGCAAUUACGUACGCUACGUACCAUGUGGGACAACUACUCUGAUGAUUUGAAUGCGGCCACACAAAAGAUCGAUCAAUGUCUGCAACAGUUCAACGACUUCAAUAUUGCCAGAGACCAAUUGGCCAAGUGGCUUAAGGAUGUGGAUAAGGCAAUGCAAAGCCACACCGAGCCAAAGACCACACUACAAGAAAAGCGCGCACAACUCCAGAACCACAAGUUACUCCACCAGGAAAUCACCACACACAAUGUGCUGGUGGACAGUGUGUGCGACAAAGCGCAGGUCUUGAUUGAUCAAAUUAACGACAAUACACUAAAUGUUUACCUGCAAUCACUUAAACAAAUUUUCAAUGGCAUUGUGGAAAAAUCAGAGGUAAUUCUAAACAAUUUGGAGAAAUGCGUGCAAGAGCACACCGAGUUAAACAACCAAGUGACAGCCGCUAAGGCUUGGAUAUCUGGCGAGAAGGAGAAGCUGUUGGAAUGUGACGAUGCCUAUGGCGAAAAGGCUGACAUUAAGCGUAAGAUUGAGACCUUGGUGCAGUUGGCACAGAACAAGCCACAAGCACAAAAGAUAGUCGAUGAUAUACGUCAGCAGUUCGAUAAGGUUAAGGCUAACACUUCAGAAAAGGGUAAUGAGAUCUUAGCAAAAGAAAUCGAUGAACUCGAAACAACCAUAAAGAGUCAUUUCGAUGAUAUCGAAGGCAUUGAAGGCAAGCAGCGAGAUGUGCUGCAACAAUGGAAUGACUUCGAGAGUAAACUUGAAGAAUUGACGAAGUGGUGUCGCCAAGCCGAAGGCGUCUUCCGUGAACAACAACUGAAAUCAACGCUGCACGAGAAGGUCGAACAAUUCGAGAAGUAUAAAAUACAACGCGAUCUCAUUUUGCAGAAGGAGAAGGAAAUUGAUGCUUUUGCUGAUGCAGCGCAUGCGUUGUUAAAUAAUUGCGGCGCCGAACGAUUGAAGACACUAACCAUACAGAUCACAAAUCGUUAUCAACUGUUGCAAGUGUUGAGCAAAGAGGUUGUCAAUCGCUGGUCGAAUUUGGUGGAUGACCAUCAAAUAUAUCAAGACAAAUACAAUGAAGUUGAUCUAUGGCUACAACCAAUCGAACAUCAGCUGGAGAAUGCAUUGAAAAACGAGCCCUCACAAGCCGCCAACAUUUUGCAGGUUCUACUCUCUGAAAAAGAACAAGCUGAAGCAUUAUUUAGCGCAUUAAAUGCAGCCGGUGAAAAGGCAUUGCCCGAAACAUCGACUGAGGGUCGUGAGAAGAUACGUAAAGACCUGCGUGACAUACACGAGCGUUGGGAUAAAUUGGACGAAGGCAUACGCAAUCUGCAAAAACGUCAGGAAGCACAAAGUGUGCAGCUGUCAAGCUAUCACGAUAUACUUGGCCAGACCGUCAACUGGUUGGAUCAAAUUGAAAAGGUACUGCAGAACGAAAAUCCCAGUACUUGGACGAGCGCUCAGGAAAUACGCUCCAAAUUGUACAAAUACAAAGCCACCACACAGGAUAUUAACUCGCAUAAACGCAUCAUUGAAGCUGUGAACGAAAAGGCUGCCGUGCUGUUAGAAGGCACAGUGCCAGCAAAUGCCGCCGAGAUCAAGAAUGCCGUCGAUGAUAUUAACAAGCGAUAUGAGAAAGUAGCGGGCGAUUGCGCCAAACUACUUGCUGAGCUCGAGGAAGCUUUCGAUGUGUAUCAACAGUUCAGUGAAUUGCAGAAAGCACAACAGGAUUACCAAAAGAAUUUGUGGGAUCGCUUGACCGGCUAUUCGGAUUAUUCCGGCAACAAGCCGGCUUUACAAGCGCGUCUAAGUAAGAUAUGUGAAAUUCAAGAUGCGUUGCCCGAAGGCGUAGUUAAACUACAAAAUCUGUCUGCACAUAUUGACGAGAAGGCUAAGCUGUUGCCGGCGCGUUCCAAAGAGGCGAUGUCAAGAGACCUGGCCAAUUUGCAUGCCGACUUCGAUAAGUUCAGCGCUGCACUCAGCGAUGUGAAGAGCGGUCUUGAGAAUCGUCUGCAACAAUGGAGCGAUUAUGAAGUGAACUUAGAUCGUUUGAUCAAUUGGUUGAGUGAAGCUGAGAAUGCGCUCAAGAAUUACAAUCCCAAGUCCACAAUGGAAGAGAAAGAAGAACAACUGAACCGCUUCCAAUCGCUAAUGCAGAACUUGCGUCAAAAUGAAAUUGAAUUUGAGAAAAUGAAAGAUGAUUCUUCGGAGCUCAUUCAAAGUUCAGGUGAAACUAGAAUUGCCGUCAAUGUGCAACAAGUUACCUCACGCUUCCAGUCCAUACAAGCGACAACCAAGGAGAUACUCAAGAAAUGUGAACAAUCUGUGUAUGAUCAUCAACAAUUCAAUGAGAAAUACAAGCAGUGUUCUGAUUUCUUAGCUAACGCUCAAGCGAAAUACGAUGAUUCCAGUGACCUCUCGCAGGUAGGUUCUCGUGACGAUCUCUUGAAGAAACAGACUGCAAUUCAAGAACUGUUGGCACAACAACCCAAUGCUUCGUUGAUGUUGAACAGCACUAUUGAAGCGGGUGAGAAGUGCUAUCCAUCCACGGCCACAGAAGGUCGUGAGGCCAUACGCGUGCAAUUGGCUGAGUUGCAAGAAGCUUUCGAUAAGCUCUAUGACAAUGUAACAAUUACUUCGCGUAAGUUACAGGACAAGAUGUCCAAAUGGUCUGGUUUUGAUGAAAUCGCCGAGAAACUGCAAAACUGGCUGAACGAAAUCGAGAAAACACUACCAGCCGAUAUCGAAUUGAAAACAACUUUGGACGAGAAACGCGCCAAAUUGCAAACAUAUCGUGACAUCCUCAAUGAUCUCAAUAAUCAUCAAGUUGAGGUGAAGAAUUUGCAAGAAAUCGCAAGCAACUUGCCAGAGCAAAAUGAUCAUGUUGACAAUAUUACCAAAGAAAUUGCCGAACAAUUCGCCAAAAUACAUAAACGUGCACAGAACUUCGUGGAACGCUAUGAAGCGAUUGUGAGUGAUCAUCAACAAUACACUAAGGCCGUUAUGGAAGCACAGGAGUACAUUGAGGCCACACAUAACACGAUUGACUAUUGGGGCGAUUUGGAUUUGGAACAAGUUUCACUACAUACAAACUUGGAUCGUUUGAAGAACCUCAAAGACAGCCUGGCGGAUGAGUUCCCACGUGUCGAUCAAGUGCGUGCACUUGGUGAGAAGGUUAUACCUGGCACUGUCGAGAGUGGACAGACAAACAUCAAGUCACAAAUCGAUACCACACAACAGGAGUGGGAAGGUCUAAUCGCAGCUAUUACAUCAACCAUUGAAGCCAUUGAAAAUCGCUUACAACAGUGGGCCGAAUACGAACAAUUACGCGAACAGUGCUUGGCUUGGAUUAGAGAAUCGGACAACAAGUUACAUGCUAUCGAUCUCAAACCAACGCUCGACGAAAAGAAGACUCAGUUGGAAGCAUUGAAGAACUUGCAAGGUGAAAUGCGUGCUAAAGAGCUGGAAAUCGAUAGCGUUUCCGAGAAGGGUCAGCUAUUACUGAAAGGUGCCUCCAGCAUGCGCUCAUCUGGACCUGAAUUAACAACCAAGUAUCAGCAGAUAUUCCUCAAAGUCAAAGAACUGAAUAACCGUUGGCAACAGUAUGUGACCUCGCAUCAAGAAUUCGACAACGCCGUCUCUGAAUGUGCCACAUGGAUUAAUGGUAUCAAAGACAAAUUGGAUUACUGCGCUGAUAUGUCUUCUAUGAGUCAAAAAGAGUUGGAUAAGAAGUUGGCAACCAUACAAGAUAUCUUACUAUUGAAGGAUGAAGGUUCGGUGAAGGUACUUAGUAUUGUUGAGUUGGCACAGAAUGUGCUUGCCAAUACUGCACCGACUGGCCACGAAGCGAUCAACAAGAAGCUGACAGAUCUACAAGAAUUGUGGUCCAAUAUUACAUUACGCAUCAUCGAUGUAAAGGCCACCCUGGAUGACUCCAUAACUCAAUGGUCCGGAUUCUUGGAACAGGUACAAAAUGUACGCAAAUUCAAUGAAUGGCUUGAGAAUGUACUGAAAGAGCUCUCCGAAAAUCAAACUACAAUGCCUGAGAAGCGUGCGCAACUCGACCGCGUCAAGGCCACCGAAGAGAAGGUGCGUGUAGAGAAAAUCGAUGUUGAUGCACUGAAAGUACAGGCUAAAGAGAUGAUUGCUAGCGGACAACAAAGCCAAGCUGCGUUCCAAGCGCAAAAGGUAUUGGACAACUUUGACGAAUUAUAUGCCCGCAUACAGAAAUUGCUCUCGGAUCGUCAUGAUCAAUAUAGAGAUCAUCGUCUCUACAAGGAAGCUUAUGACGAUUUGGUUAGCUGGAUAAGUCGUGCACGUGAGAAGUUCCCUGCUCUUAAGCAGAGCAGUCUAAGCGACAAAUUGGCCAUUGAGAAUGCCGUGCAAGCCACUGAAGCCAUGUUAAAUAAACAGGCACAAGGUGAACUAUUGGUCGAACAUUUGGUUCAUACUGGCGAGGUUGUAUUGACUAGCACAUCGCCACAGGGACAAGAAAUCAUUCGCAAUGACAUACGCGCUUUGCGUGACAGUUUCGAGUCACUCUUCCGUGAGAUCAAUCAACAAAAGGAGAGUUUGGAGGUCACUAUGGUGCAAUGGCGCGCCUACAAGGAUGAGUAUGAGCGCUUAAUUGAAUGGCUCCAACAAAUCGAUAUUCUCGUGAAGAAUCACAAGUUGAACUUAGCGCCAAGCUUGCCAGAUAAAGAGAAGCAAGCUGCUGAUAUGGCUGAAGUUUUGGCUCGUUUGGAGAAGGGCAAAGAAGAUAUAGAUAAAUUUAACGCCUCUUCAGCGGGAUUACUAAAAUCUCAUUUGGAGUCCUACGUGAACAACCAGCUAAGACACUUGAACUCAAUGUACCAAGUUCAGGUCAAUCUUGCUAAGGAUGUGUUGAAGAAGGUUGAGACUAACCGUGAUCAACAUCGUGAAUAUAACGCUAACUUGAAGGCUGCGCAAGACUGGAUAAAUCACGCCAAGGCUGCUAUACGUGAGGCUAGUGAAUCCUCCAGCGCAGGCUCGAAGGAGCUUUUGCAGAAACGUCUGGAAAAGAUUCAGCAGUUGAUUAGCAAUCGUGAAAUUGGACAGAAUCUGGUACACACCGCGAUCAACAACGGUGAGAAGGUGGUCAGAAACACCCGUUCCGAUGGCCGUGAUACGAUUAACAGUGAAAUGAGAGACUUGCAGAACGAUUGGGAUAGGUUAGUGAAGAAAAUGUCUACCGCCAAGGUACAAUUGGAAACCAAUCUACUCCAAUGGGCCGACUAUAGCUCGAGCUACUCGCAAUUACAGCAAUGGAUUACGGAUCGUGAAAGUAAGUUGCAACAGGCUUGUGACCAGAAGGUUGUGAAGUCGAAACGUGGCCAACCUGGUCUCACAUCCGGUUUGAGUGAACGUAAAGCGAACCUGCGACAAACUAAUAAUAUUGUGCAAGAUAUAGUGUCCUUCGAACCAAUGAUACAAUCGGUGGCUUCGAAGGCAUCCGACCUACAACAGGGCGCACCUGCCUCAGAAAUCUCAAACAAAUAUGAGACACUCACCAAACAAGCAAAGGAUCUGUAUGAAAAGCAAAAGACAACAAUCGACGAAUUCCAGGCGCUCAUUGAUGCGGGCAACGAAUUCGCUGCAUGGUUGCGUAGCGCUAAGGAGCGUUUAAGCAAGUGCUCAGAGCCUACUGGCGAUAAACAAGCGCUGGCUGAGAAAACACAUCAACUGAAGAUUCUACAAAGUGAAGUGCCGGAAGGUAAAAAGAAACUGGAAGCUGUAGUAACGCAGGGUGAACGCGCUUCUCUCAAUGCUGAACAAGAAGAUCGCGAGAUCAUUGAAGAAGAAGUCGGUUUGUUGCAAGAAGAGUUCGAAGCCUACGUAGAUGCACUCACAAAAGCCAAGGAUUAUUUGGAAGUAGGUAUUGUCAAGUGGUCAGAUUACCAAGACCAAUAUAGCGAAGCAUUGGAAUGGCUUACCAAAACCGAAGCAUUGGUGCAAUCCUACAACAAACUGCAAGACAGCUUGGCAAGUAAAAAGACAGUGUUGGAAGAGUUCCAAGGUCACUUGCAAACACUUUUCGACUGGCAGAAAACUUUAGAUCACCUGAAUAUGAAGGCACAAAUGCUGCUGGAGACCUGCUCGGACACACGCAUCAGCAAUGCCAUCAUGCAGUUGACAACCAAAUACAAUGCUUUACUUGCGCUGGCCAAAGAAGUGAUGCGUCGUUUGGAGUUGCACUACCAAGAGCACCAACAGCAUCGCACCUUGUACGAGGAAUGCCAAUCUUGGAUUGAGGCCACACGCGAGAAACUUGAGGAGUGUGCACAGAUACCUGGCACACUUAACGAGGUACAAAUCAAACUCAACACUGUUAAGAAUCUGCGUCAAGGCUUUGAGUCGGGUCAGAAUAAGCUACGUUAUCUACUCGAACUGAAAGAGAAGGUAAUCAUGAACACCGAACAGGGUGGCGCUACCAAAGUGCAAGAGGACACUGAAACUCUGAAACAAGAUUUCGAUAAAUUGCUUGUCGACAUGAAUGACGUGCGUCAAAAACUGGCCAAUCGUCUGUCACAAUUGGAGGAAGUUUAUAAAUUACUGAAGCUGCUGACCGAAUGGCUUGAAGAUGUCGAACCGAGCGUCAAGACGAGCGACGAGUUCUUGAACGAUUUAAGUGAAAAGCGUGCCGCAUUGGAGAAAUUCCGUGCCAUACAACGUGACAUUAACGGUCAUAAUGAUAUUGUUGAGAAGAUUAACACACGCUUGAACGAAGAUAACAGUCUUGACCGUAAGGACUUCCGCGAUGGUCUCAGCAAAUAUGAGAACCUACAAGAGACCGUUGGCAAAAUCAUUGAGUCGCUCGAAAAUCAAGUGAAUAACCAUGACAAAUACAAGCAAGCCUUCAAUGAAAUACAAGAUUGGCUGCGUCGCACACGUAUUGAGAUCGAACAGUGCGCCGACUGUCAUGGUGAGAAGACACAAGUAGAAGAGCGUCUCAAUAAAUUGGGUGAUAUUGGUGCUAGCAUGGUCGAGGGUAAAUCGCUGCUGGACGCCUGUGAAGAAUUGAGUCAAGCAGUGAUUGCCACAAGUGGUAAUGAAGGUCAAGAUACCGUCUCGCAAGAAAUCAAACAAUUGGUAGCCGAAUGGGAGGCACUGCAGGCAAUGGUGCGUGAUGCACGCUCCAAUUUGGAGACCUGUCUCGGUUUGUGGAAUGCAUUCUUGCAGAAUUUCAUUAAGAUUAACAAGUGGAUUGAAGAUGUUAGCCGACGUGUGGCUACCGCUAGCGAAGCUGAAAAUAAAACACCCGACGACUUGGCAUAUGCCAAGAAAUUAUUGGAAGAAGUUGUGGCGGAGAAGGAUAAUGUCGAAGAUCUGAACGAUGCCUGUGAAUUGCUCAUGGAACACAGCGCAUGCACCCGAGUUCGUGAUCAGACCGUGGAGACUCAGUCCAACUACACUAAACUGUUAACACUGGCGCAAGGUCUCGUUUCCAAGAUCGAAAAGAAUCUCUCGGAUCACACCGAGUUCUUGAAUUAUAAGAAGGAAAUGGACGCUUGGAUUGAGAAGGCGCAAGAAAUACUUGAUGGUUGCACUGUAGAUGGUGAUGUUAGCGAGAUCGCACAGCAACUGGAAACAGUCAACUCCUUAGCAUCACGUCUCCCCGAGGGUCAACAUCUGCUCGGCAUGGUACAAGAGGCGUACACGAAAGCAUCGAACAUAACGCCCGAAGGCAAACAAGAGGUCUUGCGUGAGUUGAUGACUAAAGUACGUGAAGAUUGGGACGCAUUGGGACUCGCUGUCAAGCAGAAGUUGAGUGACUUGAAGCAAGCACAGAACCGCUGGUCCGACUUUGCCAACAAUCGCGACAAGCUCGAGAAGUGGCUCGUCAGUACGGAGAACACACUCAAAUCUGUGCCCGACACAAAGGGUGAACUGAGCGAAAUGAAGACACUACUCGAACGCUACAAGACACUACAAAACGAAAUCAAACAAAAGGGCAUUGAUAUUGAGAAUUUGCUGGGCGAAGCCAAGGGCUUAGGUACCGAAGUGGAUGCUGUACACCAAAAGCAAACACGUUGGGAGAAAGUAAAGAACGAUUGCGCUGCCUACAUUAAGGGUUUGGAGAACGAAAUGGCCGACUACAAUGCCUAUCAUCAGAGCUUGCAGGACAUCGAGAAAUGGCUAUUGCAAAUUUCCUUCCAACUGAUGGCGCACAAUUCGUUGUUCAUUUCGAAUCGCGAACAAACCGAAGAACAAAUCAAGCAACACGAAGCUUUACUGGAUGAAAUUCAAAAGUAUCAAUCCAACUUGGACGAUUUGAAUUCAAAGGGACAAGCGCAAAUCAAGCGUUAUGAGCCGACAACACCAGCUAUACGCGACACUGUCGAGUCACAGCUUAAGAACAUACAGGACAGCUACAAUUCAUUGUUGCAGACCUCGGUGCAGAUCAGGAAUCGCUUGCACGAGUCCUUGGCCAAGUUCAAGGAAUACGAGGACACACUGGAUAGCAUAAUGCGCAAUUUGGAGGCCUACGAACCGGUCAUACAAAAUGAGCUGGAUGCGCCCGCCACCAGUUUGGAGCUGGCGCAACAGCAACUGAAGUGUGCACAGGAUCUGCAAACCAAACUGAACAACGAAAAGUCUCGCCUCGCUGCCGCUGUGCAAGCUUGUGAAGCCGCCACCGCCUCCAUCAGCCGUCCUAGCUCGCCGCUAGAGUCUGCCAUGCAGACCAUACCCGAGCGUGAGCUCAUCGUGCGCGCCAAGCUGGAAGAUUUAUUGGAUCAGAUGCCGAGUAACCGCGCAGAGUACUCAAGCAACAUCGCCGCCAAAGCUGAUGUCGCACUUGAGUUACCACAGACCAAAGAUGCUCCGCUUGAUCCAGUGCGCUCCCAUAGUGAGCGUGUAACCAAGCUUAAUGCUUUAAUCACUAAGGUGCAAUCCCACUUGGGUGGAUUGACCGCUUCAGUGAGUGAAUUAGAGCAACAACAGAAACAACGCGCCGAGCUCCAAGAUUGGGUUAAGAAACAGGAAACAACUGUUAGUGAUUGGUUAACACGGCCAUGCAAGUUGCGUCCGGAAGCAGCUAAACAAGAGUUGGUGGCCAUGAAUGACUUGUUGAAUUCGAUUGGUGAUAAGCGUUCACAACUGAUGUUGGAGAUGACAGGAUCAUUGGCCGAUGACGACACUGAUCUUGACGACAACCUCGACAAACUCGAGUCCGAGUUAAUGAACGCUAUUGCCAAGAAACAAGCAGGACAGAAUGAUAUCGAUAGCUAUCGUCAAGGUGUACAGGACGUACAAAAUUGGUUCGAUUCGCUUAUCAAACGUAUGGAUGUAUUGGAUAAGGGUUCCGGUUUGAAUUGUGCCCAGAAAAAGGCUGCCAUCAAUGAAAUCAAGAAAGAGUUUGAAGAACAAGGUCCGAACAAAAUCCAAGAACUGAAGGGCAAAGCAGCACAAGUUGCUGAGGCUAUUAGCAAUUUGGAUGGCCAACAGGUGGAAGAGCAGAUGAAAUCAUUGGAUCGCCGUUAUGCCGAUCUCGGCAAACGCAUCGAUCGUAAGUCACAGCUACUUGAUGUUACCAAUAAGGGCGUUGAUGGCGCUAAGGGUGAAAUUGAACAGUUGCAUAACUGGGUUAAGGAUAAGAUACAAGAGCUGCAAACACCUACUGCCAUGGGUUAUGAACCAAAAGCAGCUGAGGCACGUCAACAAGCUAUUAAGGGCAUUAUGAAGGAAGCCGAAGCGAAGAAGUCACAAGCUGACGCUUUGGAGAAACGUAUUGCCAAUAUGCAACCCGAACUUGAGCCAGUCGAAUACGCACAACUCGAGUCGGCGCUGCGUCAAUUGAACUCCGAGCAAAAGAAUCUAUCUGAGGUGCUCAAGAGCGAAUUAGAUCGCGCGCUAGAUGCGUCUAAGGCACGUAAAGCGUUGGAGGUUGAUUUGGAGAAGGCACGCGCUUGGUUGAAAUCGAAGAUUGCCGAAGUACGUAAAUUGCCUGUGUAUCACCCAUUGCCAUCGUCCGAAAUCGAGAAGAAAAUACAAGAGAACAAGAAAUACGAUGAUGAAGCGAAACAAUUCAAUGAUUCGGUGUUGAGCGAUGUACAACGACAAGCGGCGAAUAUAAUGAAGGACUGUCCGGAGGCAGAUAGAGCAGCUUUGCAGAAAAUACUCGAUGAAAUAGCCGGCGAUUAUCAAACCCUAAAGGAUGAGAGGGGCAAGCGUGCUAAAGCUUUAAGCGAUCUCUUGCAAGGACGUAAAUCAUUCGAGGAUGCUAUGAAGAAUAUGAGCGAUUGGUUGAAUGAGAUGGAAACCGCCACCGCUGGUGAAUUGCGUACAACCAGUGUGCCAGUGUUGGAAGAACAAAUGGCUCACUACAAAAAAUUGCUAGAGGAUGCCGAAAGCAAGGCUGACUUAAUGAACAACGUGGCCGACCAAGGCAAGGGUAUUUUGCCCACGCUAAGCAAUCCGGAUAAGUUGAAACUAAACGACGAUAUCAAAAACUUGAAAGACCGUUACGGUAAAGUGACACAGAACAUUAAAGAUCGCGUUAAUACGCUCUCCGAUCAUAUCAAGAAAUACAAGGAUGCCAAGGGUAAAUUGGCUGACUGCAUGCAGUUCCUCAACACCAUACAGCAACGUUUGCGUGAGCUCAAUAAACCAAUCGGCUCAAAGAUUGAAGAUGUGCAAGAUUUGCUGGGCGCAUACGAGGGUAUACUGAAGGAACUCAAGGAUAGCAAAAACAAAAUGGGUGACAUACAAAUGGAUGACCUACCCGAGUUGCAGAGUAUACUACAGCAACAAGAUGACAUGAUUAAACUGAUUGAGGAUCAAUUGGCUCAUCUUCGUCAAUUGUUGUUGCUACGCGAGCAAUUCAUUGCUUUGAUCAAUGAGAUUAUCGCUUUCAUCAUGAAGUACACUGAUGUCAUAAUCGAUAUUGAGAAUUCACCCGACAGCUUGGAGGACAAAAUCAACAAGUACGACGAUGUUAUUGUCAAGAUACAAGAAUGUGAGGGUCUGCUGGCCUCUGCUACCGAUAAGGGUCAGAAGAUCGCAUCGGAGGGUUCUGCCGCUGACAAGAACAGCAUCACCGAACAAUUGCAAUCAUUGAAGAAUCAACUACAGAACCUGCGCAAAGCAGUCGAGUCACAACGUCAAAAACAUCAAGUACAACUCGAACACCAUCGCAAAAUGGCUGCUGAACUCUCAGAAAUUCUUGACUGGUUGCAUAAUAAUGAAGCGUCCGCCAAGUCACGUCCUCUAUUAGAUCGUGAUCCCGAAUCUGUAGAACAUGAAAUUCAAAAACAUCACAAACUACGCAACGAAAUUCAGGGAUAUCUCGAUAAAUUCGACAAAAUCAAUGCUAGCGUCAAAACAGAGGUCGGCAUGCCUGGUUCGCUGGUUGAAAUGCUUUCCGAAGGUCGUUCAUUAGUUUCCUCACUGCCACAAGAGCUUGAAGAUCGCGAGAAAUAUUUGAUCAACAAUCGCGAUUCACGUCUUGAAUACAUGAAAUUGGUGGCCAAAUUCAAUGAUUGGGUGCACGAAGCUGAGACACGCCUACAAAAUAGCCAACAUGGCAUCGAUUAUGAAAAUCUCGUACAAGACUUGGAAGAACAUAAGAUCUUCUUCGGCAAUGAGACGCCAAUUAAGAAUUUGGUGCAUAAACAAAUCCAAGAAGCCGCCGAUAAGAUUUGGCCCUCGCUGAGCAGCUUCGAACAGUCGGAAUUGUCACGCGAAUUGGCACAACAUCAAACUAAAUUGGCCAACACCAUUGCAACGGCCAAAUCGCAGCAAGGCGAAUUGGAGAAAGAGGUCGAACGUUGGCGUGAAUACCAGCAAUCGGUGGAGCGCGUCAAAGCAACCAUUGAACGCAGCAAGUUCAGCGAUGAACCCGUACAGAAUCUGGCUGGCCUACAUUUCAACAUACAGAAAUUGACGCACGCCAUCGGCAAUGUGCAGAGCCAAACUAGUGACAUCACACUCGCCAAUCAGCAGGCGCAGGGACUAAUACGUCAAGCCGACGCACGCAAUCGUCAGCUGAUUGAACAGGAUAACGCCGAAUUGAAUCGUUUGUGGAACGAAUUGUUGAAAGGACUCGAGACUCGCCGCGAUUCGUUGCAGAGCAUUGCUGAACGUUGGGACGAAUUUGAGAAUCAUUUGCAUAGCUGGGAGAAGGCAAUUAGCCGCUUGGAAGAUAAAUUCCGCAAUGUCGACCCAGUAGUUAGGUCGCGACGUCAUUUGGAAGAUACAAAGAAUGCCAUCCAGGAAAUACUCGCCGAAUCUGAAGAACUUAAAUCAUCACAUAAAGAGAUUGAGGCGCUCUCAAAAUCAAUCGUCACAUUCCUUGGGGAAGUUCACCAACCCACAUCGCAGGCCCUACAGGCCAAAGUGGAUAACUUAGUACAGCAGCAAACAAAAUUAAACGACACCUUACGCGAGAAGGAUCGUCAAGUUGGUAAGGAUCUGGAAGAGAUCGAAACGGUCUUCCAUCGCAUCUCAGAGUUGCAAGAUAAAUUCAACGCCCUACUCGAGCAGAUACAAGAAGUGCACACUUUUGACGAGCAUAUUGACGCCAUUGAAAAGUCUUUGAACGAUUUGCAGCAACAAGUUGGCAAGGCAGUUGCGGAAAGCACCCAACUGAUUGCCGAAACCAAGGAAAACUAUUUGCAGAAACAAAAUCUGGUACCAAGCGAUAUAGCACAGGAGUUCACAGCGUUAGAGUUGCUCUCCGAGCGUGUACAAGGCGCCAUGGAAACCAAACAGAAAGAAUUCAAACGUGCCAAGACUGUACGCACCGAAUACCUGAGCGGCGUCGAUGAGAUCCAAAGAUGGCUGCGACAGGCGGAGGUACAAGUGCAAGAUCGUACACUAGCACCCGCACAAAUGAAAGAACUACUGCAUCGUAUCAAUCAGGAAAUAGCCGGCAUUUAUGAACGUUUCACAAUGGUCAAGACAAAUGGACAGUUGAUUAUCGACAAUUGUCGCAACAGUAAUGAAAAAUUGCUGGUACAAUCGACGAUCGAUCAGUUGGCACAGGAAUUGGGACAAGUACGCGCGUGGUUGGAUGAGAAGAAACAACAAGUGGGCGAUAGUUUAGAUGCAUGGACGAGAUUUAUGAAUCUGUAUCAAAUUGUGAUGGCGUGGGUGGCGGAGAAACGUACCUUCCUCGAUCAGACAAUCGAACUGCGUACACUGCCCGAAGCGCGCAACAAACUCAACGACUAUGUAGUGGCUGUGAAGAGCAUUAAACCGAUCGUGAAGCAUUUGAGUGAAAUGGACAAGGAACUGGAACACAUUGGACAAGUGACGACUGUGGGCGAUCUCAAGGACAAACUGCAAGAGGCUGAAGACGCCAAGGUUUCCGUGGAAGCGGUGCUGCUGGAAAGGAAUUCCCUGCUACAAGAAGCCUGCGAAGAAUGGGAUCAAUGCGAACGCAAAAUCAAGGACAUACGCGGCUGGAUAGACAAGACGAAACAAUCGUUGGACUCACCACAACACAAGAAGAAACCGCUGCGCGAUCAACUGGGCUACUGCGAGAAAACAUUGGCGGACAUCAAUGUACAGAAGACCAAACUGCGUCUAUCUAUUGAAAAAUUGGAGGUGCACUUCCGCAAUGGUAUGGGUGGCGAUCCGCGCCUUAGCGAGAAUGUCGAUGAUUUGCUGAAGGUCUUGGACGGACUGGCGGAAUUGGUGCGCACCAAAACCACCAGUCUGGAAGAGACGCUCAGCCAGAUCGACAUCUAUCAGCAACAGAUGCAAACAUUGCGUCAGAAGAUCAUACAAGAGGAGCAACAAUUGCGUCUCGUUAUGGCGCCCACGUAUCUGCCACACGAUCGUGAGCGUGCAUUAGCAGAGCAACAGGCACUGCGUACAUCUAUUGAUGACAUGCAACAGAAAUACGAUGGGAUCGCAGCCUUAUCGUACACGCUGGAUCCGCAUUCCGUUGUUACCACAUCAUCGGCUGUGUCCAUGCUAUUGAAGCCAUCCAAAUUAGGCUUAUCCUAUGCGGAGGUGCUCUCCGGACACUCAAGUCCCGUUAGCUUCGCACAAACGGAAAGUGUUUUGCAUAAGAGUAAAGUACAAAAUGCCAAACUAGAGAACAGUAAUGUUAAACGUACCAACAACAGCAACACCACAACCACGUUUACCACCACCACCACCACGACCACCACAAAUAAUAAUGUAAUAAAUGCCGUAGAGCAGCCAGAGGCUGUAAGCCAUGCGUCGCCGAGCGCACAAGAAUUUGAACCUCAACAAUAUGAAACCACAAUUACAACAACAACGCAAGAAUUGCAAACGGCACAGCCGCAAAAUGAUAGUAUUGACGCGCUGGCGGCGCAAACAAUAACAACGACCGAGCCGCAAGUGCAGCGCACACAAAAUGAGUACGUGAAUGAAAGUGGACAGCGCGUCGUGGAGACGCGCACGAUAACAACGCGCACAACAACGCAACAUGUGACGGAUAGCGCGGAGCAACAGCGCCGUGAGCUGCAAGCGCCAACGGUAAGUGCGUGGCAUGAAGCGCCCGCAGAAGUGUAUGAAGAAAUUGCUUAUGAGCAGCGCACGCCACAACCUGCGGCGCGUCAGCCACAACAGCAAUUGCAGGCGCCACGCGAACAACGUCGCGGUCGUUCGCCGCGUCGUCGGCAACAGCACGACGAAGCGCAACAGUACGCGCCAACAACGACGCAAUACUCAACGCGCGAGCAACGCGAUGCGCAUCCACAUUAUACAACCACAACAACAGCAACGCGCACGCACACACAACAUGCAAGACAACAGCCAGCCGCACAGCAACAAGAGCAGCAAACACAUUUGCUUGCGCCCACGCAAGAACGUAUGCGUUCGCGUAGCCCCAUAUGGGCACCGGGUUCGACUUCAUACGCGGAAGUAUUGCGCGGCAUCGAAUUGGAACGUCAGCGCGCCGCGACUGCUGAACAAAAACGCGCACAAAGUGCCAGCAGCACAGUUAUUACCACGAGAACGACCACAACUAGUGACUACGUGACGCCAGCGCAGGCGCAUGCGUCAACGCAGCCACAGCAGGUAGCACAAGAACCACAAGUGCAGCAAGAACUGCCAGCGGUCGACACUUUCAUACAAACGCACACAAAUAUCGUGGAAUAUCAGCAGCCGGCAUACGAUACGCCUAGCCAAACGAACGAUAUAAGCGCUGAAUAUGCAAAUGUUGUGACCACUUUGAGUCCCGACGUGCACACACAGACGACUCCAUUAGCAAGCGCUUUUGUUGAGCCAGUCACAGUGCCAAGCCCUUACGACGCCGUACUGAGCGCCAAUACUUAUGUUGACACGGUUUCUUUAUCUACUACGAUACCCAGCACUUAUGUGGACUCAGUUUCAUUACCGAGUAGCUAUAUUGAGCGGCCGGUCUCAGCGGGCAAUACACCAAUGACAGCCGCGGAAAUACAAGCUGCUUACCUACAGCCCGAUCCGCAGCUCUAUCAGAGCAUGUAUGAAAAUAUGGCCGAUGCCGGUCAGUGGGGCUAUGCAGCUGUGCCCGAAGCACAACAGGUUGUACAGCCUGAUCAAUCGACAGCCUCUCAAAAUUAUUACGAACAGAUUAUACAGAUGCAAUAUCCGCAAGGCACGUCGGCGCAAACGACCUACGCGCAGUAUCAGUAUCAGCCGACGGCUACACAAUAUCAAUUAAUGACCGGUUACUAUCCCACAGAGCCACAACAAACUGAAUCGUAUCAAACGGUUUAUGCGCCCACUGCUGACCAAACUCAGUUGUAUUAUCAACAAGAAUCAACCAAACCGUAUCAAGAGUUACAAGGUGUGGUUUACGACGCACAGCCACAGGAAUAUUUGACCGACUAUCAGCCGAAUCAAAGUGUUAUCGAUCAGGUAGUAACUACGCUUGCGUCGAUUGUACAAAAUGUUACAACGACUCAAACGCAUGCUGUCAAUUCACAGCAACAACAUGUACCGGAGUCAGUGCAACAAUUUGAACAAUCAACGCCGCUGCAACCGUUUAGCGAGUCGGUGCCUACUUAUGAACAGGCAACCACAGGCCCGCCAUCAUACGAACAAACCCAACAUACACAAUUGUAUGAACCGGAAUCAAUUGAAGUCGAUGAACCGCGGCCUGACAUAACAUUCGGCCAAUUUGAAAUGAAUGAAAUUGAGUCGAUUCCCGCCGAGAUUGUGGAUACACCACAACAAGUACCACAACAGGUCUUGGAACCUGCGCCUAUUUCAGAGGCGGUCUUUGUACCAGAAGCGCCUUAUUCGGCGCCUUUGCAACCUAUGGAAAGUCUGCCUCCACAGGAGACAGUGUCCGCACCAGUACCCCCAAGUCCCACAAAGUCUAAAACGCAGGAAAUACCCAAAACAGAUCCUAACCAGUUCACGACUUAUGCUGAAGUACUAUUUGGUAUACAUCAUGGUGGAAGUAAUGUUUUCCAGCCAUCCAGUCAAAAGCCACAGCAACAGCAAACGCAAAUCCGCAUUACAGCAACCAAGCAUGAUACAAAUACAAAUAGAAGCCAGCAACAAAAACUGACAACCAAAACUGCAACGACAACUACAACGACAUAUGCGACCACGACAUCGAACAAUAAUAAUAGACGACCGCUAAAGUCUCCUUCUCGGAAUGCACCAGCAGUUCAGAGAAGAGAAGACGUAGCAGCUGUCGCCGUGGCACCGGUGCCACAUCCACGUAAAGAACAACGACCACAAAAGGGUCAACGGACGGAUUCGAAAUCGCGACAUCAUAAUGGAUCGCCACCAACAACGCACAGAGAGGUGGAGGUUCGACAAACGCAUGAUAAACAUGAAAAACAUGAAAAGCACGAAAAACAUGAUAAGCAUACAAAAUCUGUGGAAGAAACCACUGUAAGUGUAACCAGUAAAUCACACAAGGACACGAAGCAUGCACGCGAUAGUAAGAAGGUGAAACAGGCUGAAGUUGUGUCUGAAAUUCAUGGAGAGACCACAGUAGCUGCUGAAGCAGCUGUUCCUGUGGGAAGGACAGAUACAACCAAGCAGCAAGUGAAACCUCCUAUCGACGUUGCGCAUAAUAAUGAGAAACCAGCCAAACCCAAAAGACAAAAGAAACAUAAGCAUUCAGGUGAAAUAGAAGAGCCUGUGGAAAAGAAAGAAAAAUCAGAAACAAUUAUAGUGAAGGAAGUUGUCAAAGUUAGCCCAGCUGCUGAAAAAGUUCCUGUUACUGCUGAGAAGUCAGCCAUUUCGGCAGAAAAAGUAGUUCCUAUUGAAAAUAUCGUUCCUCCUAGUGAAAAAGUGGAUGUUCUGAAGUCGAGCACAAUUGACUUUAUUGCAUCCGAAAGUCUGAAAGACACGCCGGCCAAACCUGCGAGAAAGGAAAAGUCCAAAGCGCAGCGUAAAAAUUCACCGGUCGAGGUUAUUUCGACAAGUGAAGUCGCCGAUGCACCAGUGAUUUCCGAAUCCACCAAGAUCAUAACAGAAAAUAGUGGAUCUACCACAACUACUGUCACAACCACAACGAUAACUAAACGCAUUACAAAGCGUAUUAUUACAAGAAUCAUUGACGGAAAAGAAGUUGUGAUCGAAGAAGAUGUAGUUGAUGAUGAACCCACAGUCGGAACGGAAGUUGCAAUCAGCGAUGUGGUUGUAGAACCUGAAAAAGUCAUCACCGAAGUAAUUGAGCAUAAAGAAAAGACGCAAAAACCUAUUAAGAAGGAUAGGAAGAAGUCUAAGAGUCCCAAAGAAGAACUUAGGGUAACACCAGAACAGACAGUUAUAACUACCGAGACCACAAGCACACCAUUGAUUGAAAAACCAAAAGAGGAGCAGAAGCCUGUAACUGAGAAAGUUAUUGAAGCUGCAGAGAGCAAAGCUGCCAAAAAGAAGGAUAAGAAAAAGCCAAAGGAGCCGAAAGAACAUGCUCCCGUUGAAAAACUUCCAACAACAAAGGAAGAUACGGUUGCUGCAAACAUCACACAACAACCGGAAAACCACACAAUUGCACAAGUUUCAGAGACAUUGGUGGUUCAUGAAAAACAGCAGUUGGCUGCGGAACCGGUAGAAACCCUAGAAAAUGUUACAUCAAGUAUUACCCAAUUCAUAAACGUCGAAAGAGAAAAGUCGGAAAAACCAACGAAAAAAGACAAGAGAAAGACAAAGGGUCAAAAUGAACCCAAAGAAAUCUCAGUUCCAAAAACUUCAGAAACUGAUAAGGUGAUAGAUGAAAAAGUUGAGAAAACAGACACAUUAACUGCAACCAAAGUAGUUUCGAAUGAGCGCUUUACAACAGAAAGCUCUGUGGAAAUUUUAACUGAGGUUAAAGAUAACUCAGUACCGGCAUCAAUUGAAGAAAUUGGCUCUGAAACUGCGACUGAAAACAUUGAAAGUGUUGAAAAACCCCCACUAGUUGAAGAGGCCACAAUUGUUAAAGAAUCGACACCCGAAUCAGUCAUCGAAAUUCCAGUUGUUCCAGAAUCUCUACCUCAACCGGUUGUGGAAAUUACCACCACCGUUCAAGAAACCCCAAUUGUUAAACAAUCUACACCAGAAACUGUCACUGAAACUCCAAUUGUUCCAGAAUCUACAUCUCAAACUGUUGUGGAAAUUACCACUACGGUCCAAGAGAACCCAAUUGUUGAAGUAUCUACUACCAAAACUGUCGUGGAAACUAUUACAGCUAUGCAAGAAAACCCGAUUGUUAAAGAGGCUACCGUUGAACCAGCGGAAGAAAACGUCGAUGUGAAAUCUGUACAAUCUCCUGUAGUCGAAGGAGAACUAAAUUCAGAAAUCCCUCAAACAGUGUCAGAACAACCCAGUCUUUCAACAAGUAUACACGAUUUCAUAGCUGCUGAAAAGCAGGCGACAGAGAAAUCUUCGAAAACUCAAAAGAAAGAUAAGAAAAAUAAAAAGGACAAGAAGAAAUCAGAGGAAGCAAGUGCGCCCAUUGAUGAGCGCACCGACACUGUUGAGACAGAACUGAUGAACGUAAAUGAGACACCCGUAGAAACCAUAAUAAGCGGUGAAGAAAUUUCUUCAACCGAUGGUUAUGCCACGUCGAUUAUUAAGACUACGACAAGAAAAACCUCGACCUUAACUACACGUACAAAAAUAAUUAGAAUAAUUGAUGGAAAGGAGGAAAUUGUUGAAGAAAACGAAACCACACAGGAAACGCCAAACGAAUCUGUUGAGCACACCAUCAAUGUUGUUGAGGGCAAACCGGUAGCUCACGAUAUUGAACAAAUAAUACAGAAUGUUAAUGAAUAUCAACCUGAUGCGCAAAUUGUUAACAUCACGGAAGAUGAACCAAAAGUCGAAACCUAUUCUAGAACCACCAGUGACGGUAAUAUAACCAAAACGACGACUGUAAUUAAGCGUAGAAUUAUUACGAAAAUUAUUGAUGGAAAAGAAGUGCUCAUUGAUGAAGGUGAAGAUGUAAGCCCAGUUGUAGAGCGAGUGAGUGUGGUUGAAAAUCAACCAGCAUUUAUUAAGGAAACCAUGAUUUCGCCUGUCAUCGAAAACACACCGAUAGAACCAAUUAUUACUGACGAACCAGUGCAAGCGCCAGUUGUAGGGUCCGUUGAUGUAGUUGUUGAAGACAACGUAACAACCAGUGUCACCGAUUUCAUUAACGCUGAAAAGCAAAAAACCGACAAACCACAAAAACCUGCUAAAAAAGACAAGAAAGAGAAAAAUAAAGCUAAAACCGAAAAACAGAUGCAGGCAACAGUUAUCGAUACAUUUGUGUCGGAAGAGAAUAGCUCACAGGCAAAUGCACCGGUUACGAAGGUUGAGGAAAUACCAGUUGAGCCAAUCGAGAAGCGUCCGGAAGAGACGGUAUCGGAGCUUUCGGUGGAACCCGCCGCGCCUGUAGAAAAGCCAACGAAACAUGUUGCCUUCGCUAUAGAUGUUGAACCGGUUGAAACCAAUGUGGAAUUUACACUACCUGUUCCUAAGAAACGAACAGAUAUUAAAACUUUGACAAAUGACUUUUUGAGCGGCGAAAAACAAACACAACAACCAAUUGUACAGAAAGUCGCUGAAAUUACAAUUACAGAGCCACAGCCUCUUUUAGAAACCACAGAGCCCCUGAAUGAAAUAAGUGCAAUACCAAACAGAACGGAAAAAGAAACUACAGUAGACGAUAAUGGAGUCGUAAAGACCACGACGGUACGCAAGACCAAAUUUGUUAAGAAAAUAACACAGAAAAAACAAGAAUCGCCUGAGCCGCAAAACGUGCCAACGCCAACAGAGAACAUUGACGUGGCAGAGGAAGCGAAAGAGGAGCCCACAAUUGAAAAAUCCGAAUCGAUUGUGCGUGAAGUAGCAGACAGUGGUGUCGUAAAAACGACCACCGUACGUACAAUAAGCAUCAAGUCACAGAAUGUCAACGAAAGUGAAGUCUCCGAGGCUACAGAAGAAGUGGCCGAAAAGGAAACAACAUCAAUACCCACAACCGCAGAAGAAGAAAAGAUCUCGAAAGUAGAUACAACUGAGACUUUAACAAUCGGUGAUGUACCAACUAUAGACGAACAAAAACUUACAUCAGUUGAAACGGAUGAAACGUACAGCGGUGAGGUUAUUAAGACAAUUCGUGUGCGUAAAACGAAAACCGUGAAAAAGAUUACACAAAACGUGGAAGAAUCCACGACGGAAAACAUUAGCACGGAUGUUGCGGCAAGAAAAGAUACUGAGAGUCAAUUAUUAGCUGAAGAGCCCAACAACAUUGUGACAGAUGCCGAUGACAAUAAUGGUGUAGUAAAAACUGUAACUGUACGUACGACAAGCUUCGUGCGACGUAUACCGCAUGAUUCCUCUGUCACGACGACGGAUGAGACAACACAAUCGGAAACGAGUGAAACCAACAGUGAAGAAAAACAAAGAAAAUCACCUAUGCUCAUUGAAGAGCCAAGUGAAAGCUCAACAACCACUACACAAAUGGACGGCGCUAUCAUAAAAACAACAACAAUACGUACAAUGAGAUUAAACAAGACUAUUGCUUCAGAUGGGCGUAUACUAUUGAAAGAGAUAGAUAAUCCAGAUGACGUCAUAGUUACCUCCUCAAUUGAAAUGCCCGACCAGGCAACAAUGCCGGAAGAAACGAUCCCUGACGUCACUGUAUCGUCUGAAACUUUGACAACGGCAUACGUACCCACUGAAAGCACUAGUGCAAAGGUCCAACCAAGUGGUAUUGAUGAGGUUCAAAUUAUUGAUUCGGCAAAUAAUGUACAAACGAAAGCACAGAGUACUGGCAUUAAGGUAGUUGAUAUCGAAACAAAAGAGUUGCCAAAUGUUGAGGAACAGCUAAACACGCAAGAAACCAGCUCCACUGAUAGUACGCAAAUCUCUAGCACCACCACCUCUGACAUUACAGUCACCAAUAAGACAUUGAUCACACAAACUAACGAACAAUCUACCCAAUCCACCACUACCGUCACCAAACGCACCAGACUGACCACCAUACAAAGACCUAGUUUUGAAACUCAAGACAGCGAACCAUUACAACUUGUUAGUGAACAAUACAAUACCCCACAUAAAUCAGGUGAAAUACGAAAAAUAGCGCUCAUAACUCAUGAGGAGAAGUACAAAGAACCUAAAAUGAGAAUGCAUUUCGAUUUCCCACCUGUUAGUCUACAAGUUACCGAGACCUUAACCCAAACGUUAGAGAAUGCUGCAAGUACUUCCGAAGAGAAGAAGCUUGUAGAAGAAGUGGUCAAUCAGCAAGUGCACACAGAAAGCACUGAAGUAGUUAACCAAAAGGUAGAGUUAGAAACAGAGACACAGCGUAAGGUAGCAGAGAAGCUUAUUGAAGAGGUAGAUGUAGUUAGCAACGUAACUUCGACACCAAUUGUGUCCGAUACGGCAACCACGCAUGAAAAGGUAGAUGAAAUAGUUGAAGAGCAGAAAUUGCAAACUCGCACAGAAAAGACGGAUUCACUUAUUGAAAAGGUGUCCGAAGAGCGUUUACAGGAAGAAUUCAAUAUUGAAAUUAAUGAGAGCAAAUCACAAAAUGUUGAACCAGUCACACCAACAAUAGCCGUUGGAAAUGUGGCAGUGUCCGCCGCUAUACCUGUAGAAGUAGGAAGUCAGAUUGUAGAAAAGUUAGGAGAAACCGUUGUUACACAGGCUAAAUCGGUAGAUACACAAGACUUUGUAACCGAUUUGACCGCGGAGGAGCAAGAACUAUUUGAGGAUAUUAAGAAGAAGCUGUCAAAGAAAGACAAAAAGAAGCGUCCAGCGCUACCUGAAGAUUUCUUCAAACAACAAGAAAUCGAUAGCACCGUACAAUUAAUUACAGAGGAACGUUUAGUUAGCGAAACUAGUGGCUUAGAGAAACAAGAACAUGUAGUAGAAGACUUGUUAGUUGUCAAAGAACCACAAAAAAAUACUGUAGUAGAGCAAAAUAUACCCAGUGAAUUGGUUAAAGAGGAAACAAGCCAGACAGACGAACUUUAUCACAAAUUAAUUGAAAAUGAAGAUUUCGUUAUUGAGUCGCAUGUUGAGCUUAUAGAAGAACCAAAGGUUGAAGAAGAAGAAGUGCAAGACAUAACAAAAUUGCCUGAAGUAAACGAACCCACUAAUAUUGCUAACGCUAAUGAAUUACCUGCUGCUAAACCCAGCGCUAGCGAUCUAACUGAAGAACCUAGUGCUAGUACUUCUUCAUUAACUUGCUUUGAAGUGCCUAAAUAUAAUAUAACCGAACUGCAAUUAGCCGAAAAGAGUUAUAUUGAAGUGAGUAGCAAACACCCUGAACCCAAAACAGAAGACUUACCCCAGCAAAAUGAAGAUACCCCAGUUAGUGCUGUAAAUGAUAGGGACACAAGUGAAAUUCCAAGUGAAAUAAUUUACGAAUUACCGAAAUACGAUGUCUCUGCUCUGGCGCGAGCUGAAUAUAAAUACCACAUCCAGAACCCAGACGUUGAAGCACCUAAAUUGGAGGCCCCUACAACUGAGGUAAGUGAUUUAGAAGAAUCAAACUUAGUUAAGAAGCUAGCAGAGGUUGAGUUAGGUGAAAAAGAAGAUAAGUUCGUUUCUGAAACCACAACCACAAUAACAACCACAACAACAACCACGAUUUCAACAAAGGAAGAUAUUUCUGAAACUGCGAAAACCGAAAUAGUGAAUGUUGAAGCACCAGUAAUUGAGCCUCAUAAGGAAGUGCCCAAGCAAAUCAUCGAAGUAACAGAGACUGUAUCAGUAGAACCGGCUGAAGAGUUGAAGCGUGAAGAAAAAUCAACUGAUUCUCACCAUGUUGUAGAGACACCAGUCACGACUACUACUACAAAUAUUACGACAGUUACCACUGCAAGUAAUCUUGCUGCAACUGCACUUAACUAUGAAAUUUUGGAAAUACCUAAGUAUAACUUAGAAGCCAUUAAAUUAGCUGAGAAAUUAUUCGUGACAAGCAUAGCUAAGCAAACAGCUGACGUUGAAUCAGAAACUGAAAUACCACAAAAACAGGAACCUGUGGAAAUUGUGGAUGCUUACAAAGACGAAGUUGCUAAGCCGCUGGUAACUGAAACAAUAUCCGAAACUACGCGGACACCUGCAGGACCACACUUCUACUCCUUUGAAGUUCCAAAGUAUGAUCAUAAAGCUUUGUUCGCUGCUGAGAGUUAUUUACCAUUGUUCAUUGGCCAGCGCGAGGACGAAGAACAGGUUAGCACUGUUAUCACUGAAACAGUGGAAGUACAGACACAAGAUACAAAACCUUUGGAAGAAAUCAAAGCACAAGAAGAGACAACCAUCACAAACGUUGAAGAAGCGAAAUCAGUUACUACUACCUCCACCACUAUCGUUACGGUAACAACUGAGACAACUGUUUCCGAUCCAAAACCAGUAGAGGAAACUUCUUUAGUAGUUGAAGAGAAACCAAUCGAAAAGGUUGAGGAAGUUAAACCAGUAGAAGAAGUUGCUGUAGUGGUUGAAGAGAAACCAAUCGAAAAGGUUGAGGAAGUGAAACCAGUAGAAGAAGUCGUUGAAGUGAAAGCUGUAGUGGAACAACCCACUGCACCCGUCAAGGAAGAACCCAAGAAACCUGCUUACGCUGGUCUCCCAAUUGACGAAUCUUCUGGUACUUGGAUGGAUGUCCUCGAUGAACCAAUGGUAUUCUCUGACGAAGAAGAAAAACCCGAGGAACCUGUUACAGAGACUAUCUCUCAGACUACUACAACAACUACUGUAGUUACUGAAACAAUAGAAUCAACGACUUCAGAACCGAAAACAGUAGAAGAAGUAUCUGUAGUGGUUGAAGAGAAACCUAUCGAAAAGGUUGAGGAAGUUAAACCAGUAGAAGAAGUUGUUGAAGUGAAAGCUGUUGCGGAACAACCUACUGCACCCGUCAAGGAAGAACCCAAGAAACCUGCUUACGCUGGUCUCCCAAUUGACGAAUCUUCUGGUACUUGGAUGGAUGUCCUCGAUGAACCAAUGGUAUUCUCUGACGAAGAAGAAAAAACCGAGGAACCUCUUACCGAGACUAUCUCUCAGACUACUACAACAACUACUGUAGUAACUGAAACAAUAGAAUCAACGACUUCAGAACCGAAAACAGCAGAAGAAGUAUCUCCACUGGUUGAAGAGAAACCUAUCGAAGAGGUUGAGGAAGUUAAACCAGUAGAAGAAGUUGUUGAAGUGGAAGCUGUUGCGGAACAACCUACUGCACCCGUCAAGGAAGAACCCAAGAAACCUGCUUACGCUGGUCUCCCAAUUGACGAAUCUUCUGGUACUUGGAUGGAUGUCCUCGAUGAACCAAUGGUAUUCUCUGACGAAGAAGAAAAAACCGAGGAACCUGUUACCGAGACUAUCUCUCAGACUACUACAACAACUACUGUAGUUACUGAAACAAUAGAAUCAACGACUUCAGAACCGAAAACAGUAGAAGAAGUAUCUGUAGUGGUUGAAGAGAAACCUAUCGAAAAGGUUGAGGAAGUUAAACCAGUAGAAGAAGUCGUUGAAGUGAAAGCUGUAGUGGAACAACCCACUGCACCCGUCAAGGAAGAACCCAAGAAACCUGCUUACGCUGGUCUCCCAAUUGACGAAUCUUCUGGUACUUGGAUGGAUGUCCUCGAUGAACCAAUGGUAUUCUCUGACGAAGAAGAAAAACCCGAGGAACCUAUUACAGAGACUAUCUCUCAGACUACUACAACAACUACUGUAGUUACUGAAACAAUAGAAUCAACGACUUCAGAACCGAAAACAGUAGAAGAAGUAUCUGUAGUGGUUGAAGAGAAACCUAUCGAAAAGGUUGAGGAAGUUAAACCAGUAGAAGAAGUUGUUGAAGUGAAAGCUGUAGUGGAACAGCCUACUGCACCCGUCAAGAAAGAACUCAAGAAACCUGCUUACGCUGGUCUCCCAAUUGACGAAUCUUCUGGUACUUGGAUGGAUGUCCACGAUGAACCAAUGGUAUUCUCUGACGAAGAAGAAAAAACCGAGGAACCUGUUACCGAGACUACCUCACAAUCUACUACUACCACAACUAUUGUAGUUACGGAAACAGUAGAAUCAAAGACUUCAGAACCAAAACCAUUAGAAGAAGUUUCUGUAGUGGUUGAAGAGAAAUCUAUUGAAAAGGUUGAGAAAGUGGAACCAGUUGAAGAGGUCGUUGAAGUAAAAGCUGUUCCAGGGCAACCCACUGCACCUGCCAAGGAAGAACCUAAGCAAGAAGAACUUAAAGCAUCGGCAAGCACUUGGAUGGAUGUGCACGAAAAACCAAUCUCAAGUUGGGCGGACAUUGUUACUGAGACAAUCGAGCAAGAACAACCAGUCAAAGAGAAAGAGAAAUUCAAUAAAAAGAAGACCAAAAAGGAUACAAUUAGAGAUGCAUUGCCGGAGGUACAGCGUGGACGUGUGCCUGUGCAUGAAAGUGCCUCAGCUUUUAUAGAGCAGGAAAGACAGCACACUAUGGAUGCAAAAAGCAAACCUGAGCUCAAAGUACAGCCGAAAGAUAUUCCUCAUAUUAAAACACCAGCCACAACUAUGUCGUGGUCCGAUAUAGUAAAACAAGAGAGCAAUGGGGCUAAACGGGAAAAAUCUGCUGAAAAGAGAGAAUUGUCGGUUCCUAAAAACACCAGUGUAGAUAUUGAGGUGUCACAAGUUGAUGUGCCUGAGGUUUCGGAUUCUCUCAGAUUAGAAAUAGUGACGAAAUCUGUUGAGGAUAAAACACCAAAGGAAAAGACGAAGAAGCAAAAGUUCAGAAAGACCAAGAUGGAAGAACCGCCAAAAGAAUCUUACACGGUUCAAUCAUAUCCACAGGAAUCUACGAAUAUUGAGCAACCCAUUUCGACUACUGCUUUGCCAUGGUCUGUUAUUGUUAGUCAAAAUGUUGUUGAAGUUCCGAUUACAAAUAUAGGCGAAAUCGCGCAAAUUGCUGAACAGAGAACACGACAGAUUAAGAACGUUGAAAGCACAUUAAAACAAAUCCCGGUUGUGGAACAUUCCCAGCAUAAACCUAGCAAAGAACAGAUACAAACAUUUAUUGGACAUGAAAUUCACCAUUCCAAAACUUCACGGUCAAAACCGGCUGCAGAAGCGUCAACAACUUCUACACCUAAUGAACCUGUUAAAGAUACUUUGCCUGCAGACAACGAAGUUGUUGAAGUCUCUUUAUCUUGGUCAGAUAUGGUUAAUGAAGAACAAGAAGAGCAAAUUGUGCCACAACCAGUUAUUGAAACUCCCUCAGAGCCAGUAAACAGGCCAAACACUUUGGAAGAAAUACAAUCGCUCCAGAAGGCUGAGUUAAUAGAUGAAGAGAAACUGACUGACAAACCAGAACCAACGCAUCCGAAAGAAAAGAAAGAGAAAUCAAAGAAGCAAAAGCCUAAGAAAGAGAAACGGGGAACUUCUGCAUCAGAUGAAACCGGAAAAGCUCAAAUUAUAGAAGCUACUACAAUUGUUGAACCUGUUAAACACGAAGAACCUGUCAAACAAGAAGAAACUGUCACGCAAAAACCAGUGGUUGUGCCAUCAGUUUGGUCUAGAUCUGAAACGUACGCAGAAGUAGUGAGAAAGUCUGGUUUGACUGAAAAAUCUAAAAUUCGAUAUCAGGAGCCAGAAGUAAAAUCUGAUGGGCUAGAUAAAUCGCCCGAAACCGAAGCAUCAAGCGAUAACUUCGACAUACAUUAUUCUCUAGAAAAUGUUGCAGAGUUAGAGCAGGAGCAAUCAGAUAUCAUUUCUGAGGAACAUACAGAAAAUGCUACAACUUUACCAGAAGUCGAACCCGUAGUUGAGUUUGAAAUACCUCAGAAGCCAUCAUUUACCGAAACAGAAAGUUCCGAAUUACCAACUGAAACGACUGAAUUGUCAUGGAAAGAAAUAAUCGAAAAUGAAGAUGCAGAUCAAGUACAACCAGAAAUAACUUCGUGGGCAUCUGAAAUGACGUGGAAGGAAAUAAUGGAGGAUAAAAACCAACAUUCAACAGAACCAGGAACAUCAUCUUGGGCGUCUAUCGUUAGAAGUUUUGCUCCACAAGAAUCUGAAGAAAAGCCAUUCGUAUCACAAGAGAGUAAAGAAUUUGAAGGCACCGUGACUUCAACUCGUACAUCGCGCCCAAUAGAACGUCCAAUUAUUCAAAUUACGGAAUCGUCAACUCUGACUGAGGAAACUGAAAGGAAAAAUGAUGAAGGAUUCCUUGAGGCCGUUUCUAAGAAAGAAAAACAAAGAAGAAGAUCACGAUCUCGUUCACAGCAAUCUGUACCAGAAGAGGUAACACGAUCUCAAAAGCAUACAAAAACGAAAAAAGAGAAGCAGACCAAACCAGUUCGUCAAGACCUUACUACAGACCAACCAAAGGCUAUUCUAUCAGAUAGUUUAACGGCCAAAAUACCUUUACAAGAACCCCAACAGGUCUCCAAAAUAGUUGAAGACAAAAAGGUAGAAACACAGCAAAAAAUUAUAACACCACUUACAACCGGGCUAUCGUGGGCUGCAAUAGCUGCACAAAAUGUACCAGAGCCAGUCCAACAUAUAAGGCCGCUUUAUGAUGAACUACCAACCGAACCUGCAGAAAUUGAAUCUAGCGUUAUCGCUGAAGAAAAAUUGCCUGCGAAAACCACAAUUGCGCUAGAACCUGAAACGAAGGAAAAAGCCAAAAAAUCCAAGAAAAAGAAUAAGAGAAAACCUGCGGAAAACAUUGAGCCAGGAGACAUGGGUGUAGAAUUGUCUGAAGAAAAGACUGAAAGCAUUAAACCGACAUCUACCGCGCCCACUACAUCCGAUGUCUUUGUAAGCCAAACAUCGUAUUGGUCUGCCAAAUUGAAGCCUCAACUAAAGGUUUCAACGACUGAAGUCGAUGCAAAAUCUGUUGAACAGGUUCCUGAGAAUAUAGAAGUUUCUGACAUUAUACAGACUACCGAAGAAGUUACCGUACAAUCACCAACAAAUCAGCCAACUACAUGGUCAGCACUCAUACAAACUGAAACUACCGUAUUUCCAGACCCAAUAAUCGAUAGUCAGCAGCCUGAACAGUCGGUUCCAUGGACAACACUUGUUGUAAGUAAAACAACAGAUUUCCAAGCGCCCAAAGCACAAGAAGUCACAAAUGCUACAACUGAUUUCCUUAAUCAAGAAAGAACUUCAGCAGACAAGCAAACAUCUGUAAAAGUUAAGGGCUUUUCGUAUGCUGAUGUUGUAAAGACCGAAGAGCUUCCUGCGCAGGUAAUCAAAACAGUUCCUGUAAAGGAGUCAUCUAUCAUGACUCAAAGUGUGAAAGGAUCACCAAAGGUUAUCGAUGUAUUUGAGUCAACUAGUAAACCUUAUACUUCUCAAGAACCUAAACAAACCGUUCAGAAAUCAACUAAGAAUGUUGAAGUGGUACAAACGACUACAGUGAAAACUACAGAACAGGAGCUUGUGAAAGAACCUGAAGUUGUUGAAAUACUAGAACCAACUAAAGAACCUGAAAGUCCUCAGGAGCCUGAACAAAGCAUUGAGGAAGCAACCAAGGUGGUUGAGGUGGUAGAAACGAUUACAGUCGAAACUACAGAACCCGAGCUUGUGAAAGAACCUGAUGUUGAAGAAAUACUGGAACCAACUAAAGGACUUGAAACUCCUCUUGAGACUGAACGUAGCGUAGAGGAAUCAACGAUGGUUGUAGAAGUAGUGGAGACAACCACAGUUGAAACUACUGAACCCGAGCUUGUGAAAGAACCUGAAGUUGUUGAAAUACUGGAACCAACUAAAGAACCUGAAAGUCCUCAGAAGCCUGAACAAAGCAUUGAGGAAGCAACCAAGGUGGUUGAGGUGGUAGAAACGAUUACAGUCGAAACUACAGAACCCGAGCUUGUGAAAGAACCUGAUGUUGAAGAAAUACUGGAACCAACUAAAGAACUUGAAACUCCUCUUGAGCCUGAAAGUAGCGUAGAGGAAGCAACCAAGGUUGUUGAAGUGGUACAAACUACAACAGCGGAAACUACAGAACCCGAGCUUGUGAAAGAACCUGAAGUUGUUGAUAUACUGAAACCAACUAAAGAACCUGAAAUUGUUGAAAUACUGGAACCAACUAAAGAACCUGAAAGUCCUCAGAAGCCUGAACAAAGCAUAGAGCAAGCAACCAAGGUGGUUGAGGUGGUAGAAACGAUUACAGUCGAAACUACAGAACCCGAGCUUGUGAAAGAACCUGAAGUUGUUGAAAUACUGGAACCAACUAAAGAACCUGAAAGUCCUCAGAAGCCUGAACAAAGCAUAGAGGAAGCAACCAAGGUGGUUGAGGUGGUAGAAACAAUUACAGUCGAAACUACAGAACCCGAGCUUGUGAAAGAACCUGAUGUUGAAAAAAUACUAGAACCAACUAAAGAACUUGAAACUCCUCUUGAGCCUGAACGUAGCGUAGAGGAAUCAACGAAGGUUGUAGAAGUAGUGGAGACGACUAAAGUCGAAGCUUCAGAACCCGAGCUUGUGAAAGAACCUGAUGUUGAAGAAAUACUAGAACCAACUAAAGAACUUGAAACUCCUCUUGAGCCUGAACGUAGCGUAGAGGAAGCAACCAAGCUUGUUGAAGUGGUACAAACUACUACAGUGGAAACUACAGAACCCGAGCUUGUGAAAGAACCUGAAGUUGUUGAAAUACUGGAAGCAACUAAAGAACCUGAAAGUCCUCAGGAGCCUGAACAAAGCAUAGAGGAAGCAACCAAGGUGGUUGAGGUGGUAGAAACGAUUACAGUCGAAGCUACAGAACCUGAGCUUGUGAAAGAACCUGAUGUUGAAGAAAUACUGGAACCAACUAAAGAACUUGAAACUUCUCUUGAGCCUGAGAUUGUAAGACAAGAAAUCGAAGUGAAGGAUCCAAAACGUGAUAUAACUAAGGAUUUCCUCGCAACAGAAAUAGCUAUGCAGGUUAAAGAUCAACAGUUAAAGGUUACUGAACCUGAAAAUCGUGAAGAAGUGGUUGUAAGUGUUCAAGAAACUGAACUAAGAAAGGAACCAGAAGUAGUUGAAGAACAGAUUAGUACCUCUUUACCAGAUCAAAUCGUAGACUUUAUUGAAGGCGAACGUGUAUCUAUAAUCUCACAAAUUGAAAAAGAUCCAAAGAAGAUUGAAGGGUUAGGUAUUGAUUUUAACCAAGCCGAUAACGAGUAUGCAGUUAUCGGGCCUAUCGACUUCUCUGAUAAUGACGAUAACGACCUUUUGUGGGAGAAUAUGCGUUUAGAUAGUAGUACCUUAUUGCGUCAAAAUUAUGAAGAGUAUGAGUCAAAAUUACGAUUAGUUUUAGAUGCAGUAACUUCGAAAACGGAAGUGCCAUCUGAGGAAGAGAUAACCAAGUCUCCUCAUUCUGUUGAACUUGUAGAGCAACCAGCUAGUGCUGAUGAUGUGCCAUCUUCCGAAGAUAUAAUAAAGACUGCUCAAUCUAUCGAACCUGUAGAGCAACCAUCUAGUUCUGAUGUAUUGACUGAUGAAUUCUUGCUUAACCUUAGUCGAGAUACCUUUAUAAGACAAGUGCAUAGCUAUACUCAAUUGACGCAAUGCGAACGUUAUUGGACACUUUUCGUAGAGUCUAAUAUUCACACCGAACUUGUACAAAAGACUGAAACUAUAAUGGCCGAACCAGUAGUGGUUGAAGCCGUUAUAGAACCAAUUGAUGAACAUAAGACACAAAAGACUGAAAUACCAGCUUUAACAGAGCAAAUCAUUCCUACAGAACUAUCACAACCAACUGCUUCGAAUCUUGACACGCUAUGUAGAAACUUGUACAUGGAUGUGUGGCAACACGACACUAACGUCGAACUGGUGGUGAAUAGAAACGAACCGACAGUUGAAAGUGUGAUCUCGGUAAACGAAGACAAAGAAAAACCCACUGAAACGGUGACUGUAAUUGACGAACUGACUGAAGAAGAACAGAAUAAACAGACAAUAGACAUUGAAGAAAACAAAGAAGAUGACAAAGAAGAAGAAGAAGAAGAGGAGGAAGAAGAAAAAGUUGAAGAAGUCGACAAUAACAACACAGAUCGUGACUUUGAUGAACACAAACGUGACGACCGUGACGACCCUGGUAGUGGCAGUAGUGGUAAUGUUACACCCACACCUGAACCCGACACCAAUGCGUACAAUCCAAAUCAAAGCUGUUCCUCAGAGUACAUGUCAACCGAUUUGCCAGGUGGUGUAGGUCAUUGGCACGAUCAAAGCACAUAUCUCGCUUUGGAUGCCGCCGCGGGUGAUGAACCCGAAGCGACAACCCUAACAGAGACCGAAACAGAAUUUGUACACUCAGAAGUGCCGCUUGAGUUACUAACCGAAACUAAAACGCAAGUAGUACUAACACCAACAGCAACUGCAACGCCGUCAGUGUCCAAUAUUGUAAAUGUGUCCGAAACAACUCAACCCAUCCCAAUCCCAACCCUAUCCCAGACACCAACACCCAUUCCAACACCAGCGUCACCAAUCAUUACCCAAACCGAAAAUGUACCCACUACCACCAAUGUCGAAAGCGACACCACAAGUAAGCUAACCCAAUUGGCGGGCGCCAUUAUUAAUACCGUUAAUGUGGCAACCCACGUAACAAAUGCGGCAAUAACGGCAACUAAGGAAGCAGCAACAGUUGUGCUUGCGCCCAUCGUAACGGCGGCAAUCAGCGAUAAGGCAACAACACCGCAAACAAACGCACAAAAUACAAUACCAACAACAGCAACAACGCAAGAUACGAAGUUCGAAGCAGACAAAGUUGUUGAGUCGACGGUGACACUUCCAGCGGCUACCGUUGAAGAGACGGUGACGCUGGCAACAACAACUGAAGCACCGUUGCAAACGCAAACAAUAGCAACGACAACAACAACAGCAACGGAAACUGAGUCGGUCGGUUCAGCUGUGCAACCAGCGGUGCUGGCGCCAGCUGUGGCACCCCUUGCUCCCCUUGCACCGCUGACUACAACGCAAACAACAACAACGACGACAACGGUCACCGACGAGUUGUAUCGCCCCGAAUUCGUGGUGCGUACCGAGUCCAAUGUGAUUAAGCGUACGACGACAACAACAACAGUAACGACCACCACCACCGGCAGCGGUACAACGACGACGGCCAGCGAUGCAAGCGCUAGCCUAUUGCGUCAGCAACAACAACAACAACAGCAGCAGGACUUAACGCACGAUAUCGAAGAUUUACUGCAAUCCCUAUCGACGGUCGAAGAUGGCAUUGGUAAUUUGCCGAGCGCAAGUUUGGAUGGCAUGCUGCAAGGAUUGAAGCUAAUCCAAGAGAAUCUGGAAUACCAAGAAAAGGAAGCAACACGUCUACAAGAAAUCGGACAAACACUACCAACAGAUCCCGGCACUGAGCGUAUACUCAACGAGAUCAAAGAUCGUAUUGAUCUGUUAUUGCGUCGCACACAGCAAGGCAUCACAAUGAUAGCGAAUGCCAUGCAUGGUCAGAAGAAGCGCGAGGAAGAACUCAACGAAUACCAAAUGCAUUUGAUUGCAUUGCAGGAAUGGAUUAUGGAGGUAUCGCAACAGCUUAAAGACCUCGAACCGACACCCGAAGUCGCCGAGGAUGAGGAGCAGCUCAAAACGCAAGCCGAACGCAGUCAGCAAUUGCUACGCACGCUCAAGGAUAAACAACAAUCACUGGAAGAGUUAGUCGAGAAGACGCGUCUACUGCAGCAACAUGAAGACGUUGCACCAAUGGCCUGUGAUCUGAUGGAUCAGCUUGAGCUUAUUAUCACGUUGCUGCGUGAACAAAUCACAGUCGCCACGACACGCAUUUAUACCAUCGAGAAGACUAUUGUGGAGUUGCGCAAAGCUAGACAGGAGGAAGAGCACCGCAAGCGUGUAGCAGCCGACGCUUUAAUACAGCCACCAAUCAGCGCACCAGUAUCCAUUGAAUCAAAUGCUAGCACCAUUGAUUCGACUCCAAUGCCAGAGGAGGAAGUUAAACCAGUGCAAAUACAAGCGCUCGCAGUAGAAACCCAAACGUCCGAGAGUCUUGCCGUACCACAACCGCAACCAGUUGUGGAGACAUACACAGUUGAGGCGCAAACUAGUUUCGCAGAAACAGUUGUGCCAUUAGCGCCUUUCGUUGAAACCACUGAGACUGCCAUGCAGACGCAGAAGGAGCGUAAGCCUACCGAGAAUAUUUUAGUCACCUCAACCAUACAAGCCGGUCAGGAAACUAUACAGAUUGACACGAUACCGAAUAAAGAGAUACCUGAAGUGCCAGAGGAUGUCGAAAUCGAAGCGCGUUAUCAUCAACAACCGCAAGGAGAUGUGGAUCGUGCCACCGAACUGGUAUUGAAGAAUGUACCGCAAGCAUUCGAAACCACCUUUGUUGAACCCGACCAAACUACCACCGAAGUUGUGGUGGAUGCGGAUGGUACAAAGCACAUUAUUGUGAAGAAAGUAACGCGCACACGCCAACAGGUCGUACAGCAUCAGCAAAUCAGUUCAAUUGCCACAGUCACGGAUGCCGAUGGUAAUAUACAAAUACAAUCCACCGGACAAUUGAAUUUGGAAAAUGUGCAAACUGCCGAUACCAGUGGUGACGAUCAGCGCGGCUAUCAGACGGUAAUAACGCAGCAAACACGCGGUACUGUCGUAGACGGUUCCGAUUCGAAUGCGGUGGUCGUUAAGGAGUUCGAAACGGAGCCAACAAUCGAACGUUUUGAACAACUGCAAACACCUGAGGGCCAACAAACCGAAAUGAUUACCGUUGUUAGUGAGGGUCCGACAACCACGGCCACUUCGCAAAGCAGCAUACGCGCGGUUGUGCAGCAAGUAACGCGUAAAAUUAUACGAAAGACGCGUAAGAUUAUUAAGCGCAUCGUGGUAAUCGAUGGUGUGGAACAUGUCACCGAAGAGGUGGUUGAAGAGCCAGAAGAAAUCGAGGUCAGUGAAGAAGAGUUGCCGCCACAGGUGAAUGUGAAUAUCAUACGCACCGUCAAUGGCAAAGUGGUGACCGAGGAAGAGUUCGAGCGGCUGACGAAAGAACCUGGCGUGGUAAUUGAAGAGGUUUCGACUGAUUUGUUGGAACCGCAGUUGCCACAGACAAGCGCACCUGUAGACGAGGCUGUGCCGUUAGUGACAGACUCGACGCAGCCGCAACAGGUAUUUGAAAUUGAAUCUUCUACUAUAACUACUACAACAACACAAACACAACCAACAACAACCAGUAUUACAACAACAAGUACUACAGAAAGAACAACAACAACAUCAACAGACCAAGCACCAGUAGAAUUUGUUGAUUUGCCCGCACCAAAAGUAGUUGAACAAAGAGUAAUUGAAACCGUAGAAACUACUAGUACUAGCCCUGUUAAUAUUCCAGCGGACUUAAGUACAACACCUUAUGAACAGACAAUAGUAAUUGAAGAGGUAGUUUCACCAAGCGUACAAACCAUCGAACCAACUAAACUCAUUGAAAAUAUUCAUGAGAUUUGGCCAAAAGAACAUCAUUUGGUGCCAACUGAUAUCGAUUUCUCUCAUCAUCCCGAUGACGCAACUAAACCAUUGCUUGAGACAUAUGAAGUUAAAGCAACCACUGAGUCCAAACCAGUGGAUACUGUUUGGCCAGUUGAUGAAGAUACGGGUUAUCCGGUUUCUCUGGAAGAAUACAAAUUUGAAAAAGUUGUAGAACCCAAGGAAAAACCUAAAGAAAGUGAACCAGAUCAGAGGACGGCAACGUUGACAACAACAACUAUUACAACAGUCACCACUGAGCAGUUACCGCCUGAGAAAGUUAUAACCGAAACCACUGAAAUAUCUGCACCCGCUGCCACUGAAUUAGUUAUGCCGCAAUUGGCUCCAUUUAAAGAGCCGGAAACUUUGGUCUCCGAGCAAAUCCCAUCUGCAGUAUUACCACCAGAUGCUACCGAGCCAGCAUCACAUGUUUCUGAACCACAAGUAAUAACAUCGGUUAAAGAACCUGAAGUUUCGCCAAUUGAAACUCAAGAACCUACUCCCGUACCUUCUGAAUCAACAGUAUUAGAACCAGAACUACCAUCCUCACAAGUCACCAUUGUCAAGGAAGUACCUGAAGAGAGACCAACACAAUCUGAAGAAAAGCUAGUAACUGAUGUUGCCACAACCGCAGACGAACCAGAAACAAUUAUUGUGGAAACACCUGCCAGCGAGCUUGUUUCAUUAACAUCUACCGAAACAGUUACUAAAACUCCACCAGAGGACAAGUUUUUGCAACCGUUACCUGCCGAAAAGUCUCAAAUCGACAUACGUGCUGCCACACAGCUCUUUAUUUCUGGCGAAGUGUUGGCCACUGACAGUGAUUCUCCACGAAAAUCAUUCACAGUGACUGCGCCAUCUAUUGAGCAAACCGGCAGCGGUGUUUUGAAAGUUGUUAUGACACCUGAGGAAGAUAUUGACCCUAAACAAUUGCCACCCAAAGUGAGUAUGACAAUUGUUGAAACCUCAACGGUGACCGAAACAGAACGCGAGGAUACCACAUCGCGCGGCGAUGAAUUGAAUCUCACACCUGCCGAUGCCAAGCGAAGUCGUAAGAAAAAGAAAAGAAAGGAAGAUGUCGAACCUGAAUUUGAGCAGAGUGAAGAGGAACCUAAGGUUGAGAAAUCUGAGGUGCCUGUGUCCAAAAUUUCAGUGUCCGAAAUCGACAUUGAAUCUCCACGUGAAACUGGAUAUGAAGCUGAUGACGUAUCCCUUUAUGAUUAUGAAAAUGAAGAUUCUAGAAAGAUGCGACAUAAGCGAAAGAAGCAGAGAUCAAGAAUACCUGAAGAUGCCGAGUCUCAUGUGCCGUCAUCAGAAGCAACACCGCGUGAUAUUGAUACACCCAGUUUGGAAUCUGAAGGUAAAGUUAGGCAGGAGGUGAUUGCCGAGAUUAGCCCUGAAAGUGAAGCGACCAGCAUUGAAAUAGAUACUUCAGUGAAGGUUGUGGAGGAAGCGGUUGUAUCGCCAGAUUCUGAUUCACCACGUGCACCGCUUACGGAGCUAGUAAUUCCUACCGAGGUAAUAGAAGUUUCAUACGUGGAAGAUGAACAGCAACAAACCACCCCACGUGAAGAACCGUCUGCACCGAUCUAUGAAGAACCCAUCAAAGAGAUCAAAUCAUCCCAGACAUCUCCCGAACAUAAGCCCAAACAAGAAGAAAUAUCCUUGCAGACAAGCAUUGACGUUGUACCAGAAAGUCAAGAGACUGAGGCGCAGACGAUCACAGUUGAAAUAACGGAUACUGAAAUGCAGACAACACCACGUUCUGAGGAGCCAGUUACACAAAUAGCUCCUGAGCCAAAACAAACUGAAGAAGAAGAAGUACAAACUGAGGCACCUUAUUCAGAACCUUUGCCACAAGUAGAAGUACCCGCUAAGCCAGAAACCACAGAAAUAUCAAGCCAAACAAUUGUGGUUACCACCAUUGAAAAGGAACUACAAACUACACCUAAGGAAUCACCACGCUCACCUGAGGCAAGUACCAGCGAUGUCGUUCAACCUUUAGUACACGAGCUGGUCAAGGAUUUAACUACAGAUUUACCAACUGAAAAGGUUGAAAAAUCUGACCAAGCUAUUGGCACAGAUCACACAGUCACUCAUGAGACUUACGUACAAACUCUCACACCGGAACCGGUGGAUUAUGUUCAACCAGCAAGUACACCCGAGCCGGUAAUUGAAGAAUUCAUAGAACCAGUACAAGUGGUUAAAGCACCUGCAGAGCAACGUGAUCAGCACACAACCACAUUUGAGCUGACUCAACUUGUAGACUCAACAUCACAGACUACACCACGUGAUGAACCUCAACCAGUAGAAGAGCCUGUUUCCUUAGAACCGGUUACACUAACAGAAGAUAUUUCAUCAACAUUGACUUCCUUAUCUGAGCCGUACAAUAUUGAAAUACAAACUUCAGUAGCAAUACCGCCAGAUACGGACAACUCAGAGAUUGAUCCAAUUGUAUAUGAGCAUACACAAACAAUUGAGCUGCCCAAACGGGAUAAAAAGAAAAAGGAUAAGAAAAAGAAGAAACAUACUGCUGAAGAGAAGCCAGACGAAGAUGACUCUAUUGUCGAGCAGUUGCCAGAGGUCAAUGUGAAUAUCGAAAUAGCAAAGGACAUUGUACCCGAAGCAGGUGUGGUUGUGACUACUAGUCAGCAAGUGUCAGAAGAUACCGGUUCACGAAGUAAGGAAAAGAAACCACAAUUGGUGCAACUGCAAAUCACUAAGACGACGGUCUAUGAGGAAUUCCCCGAUUUGCCGCUACAGGUCAGUGAGCAGAGUAAGGUGAACCUUACCAGUCAACAAGGUAGCAAACCACGUUCCAGACCAACUUCAUCCGUCAUGAUUGAGGAAGUGAGUUCGCCAACAGAAGAGAUUGUUGUGCCACUAACACCAGGACCCGAUAAAGAUAUGCCAGAAAGUGCCACUGAGAGCAUUUGGUUAGCGGCAACAACAGCAGUUGGUAUUGACAAGACACCUAAGGAUGCCUCACAGGCAAUGAUUAUGUCUGAAAGCCUACAACACUAUCCUGGAUCACAAGUGAAACCAAAGGCUGUGGAUGUUUGGGCUGAAACGAAGCAAGUCAUCGGUGGACGAAUUAGAUCAUUGAAAGAGUCCACACCUGAGCAUAAACCACUUAGCAAUGUAUUGCAUUUAGCUACCCUAUCCGACAAGAUAACGGAUAUGCCUGUUGAAGUACGCGCGCAGGAAGUCAAUCAAGGCUUGCACGAUUUGGAGGUAGCUGUGAAGCAAGGUGAUCGCACCGUCAUUGAAACUACCGUCAUAACCGUUAUUGAAAAAGUGUCAACAUGGCUCGAAACUGUUGAAUAUCGCGUGUACUUAAUCAGACAAAACUCUGAUGAAGGCCCUUCCGAGCAGAAGUUGGACGAUUAUAACCAGUUGAACGAUGAACUCGGCACCAUUAAGUCGAAUGUCAAUACACUCGAAAACCACUUGGAGAAAGCUGACCACUUGACUGGCCCAGAGGUGCAGCAGUGUGUUGAUGCGCUCAAGGAGCAUGUCAAUGCAGUGGAAGAAGUGACCAAAGACAACCAGGCACAAGAUACUAAAGAGUUGAAUAAGUGGAAUAAUUUUGUCGUAUUGAUACAUCGCACCACCACCAUUUUGGAAGAACUUCAAGAACGUUACGACACUAUUGUGUCGCAAGACGUAACAUUGAAUGGAAAAUUGCGCAGCCUCGAUGAAUUGGAGGCACAAAACCGCGACGUACAAGCUAGUAUCGCAGAGCUCACACAAAGUGCGCGCGCAUUCCAACGCAACUUCCCCGGAAAGAAGGUGCCGCAAGACAUCUACAAUUCCUAUGAAGUUUGUAAAAACAUUGAAAACAACAUACAGGCUGAACGCGACCGCUUGCUGCAGUUGCAGUCACUAGCCGAUGAGUAUGAGCAAACACUAAAGGAAUUCACCAACAUCACUGUGCUGGCCGAUAAGAUGGUCGAAAGUCCAAUUAUAUCCAGCACAUUGGAACAACUCAACAAUGAAGUGCAGAAACAUCGCAAAUUCUUUGUAAACCUAAGCCACUGCCGUGCCAUGCUGGAGUCACUGGAAGAGAAUAUCGAUACCGAGACGAGAGAGAAGCACGCCGAGUUGCACAAAGAACUCUAUAAUCGCGCAACCGUGCUUUUGGAAAAGGCUUCGGAGCGUUCGUCGAAAUUAGUGCAAGCUGCUUCACGCUGGACGGUAUUAGAGAAGGGCAUGAAGGAUGAAUUGCAAUGGUUACAUGUGGCACAACAACGUGUGCCCGAUUUGUCUGCUGUCACUUCUGCAGACUACGACCAAUACACUACGCUAUAUCAGUCCAUCAGCAGCGACAUCUCGAAUCACUACUUGAAAAUGACACAACUCUCAAAUAUUUCCAAUAAACUGCAAGAUCUCGUACAGGCGCCCAAUCUAGUCGAAGAGACAAAUGAAGCGCUCAUUGUACUGCUGAAAUUACGUGAAGAAGUCUCUCUGUACCUGCAUCGUCUGCUCGUCUUCAAAGAGAUUUGGGCACAGUAUGAAAAUCAAACCGAUAAAAUGGAGACUUUCGUACGCGAAGCUGAGAAGGAAUUGCGCAACAUACAUAUACCCGAAGAUCCACUAGAGCAGCCCAUUGAACAUAUGCGUCAGUUCUGGGAGAUGAAGGCACAUUUUGAAAUGCACAAUAACAUACGCAAUCUAGCGGGUCACAGUUUCGAAAAGGCAUUACAAGUCAUACCGCUCGCCGACGAAAUGCUACAGCGGCAGUUCCAUGCACAACUCGAAGAUCGUUGCCAAAACAUAGCCGCCUCUAUUGAGCGUAUACAGAACAAUAUUGUGAAUAGCUUGGCCUCGCAAGACGUGCCACCCGAAGAAAAACUGAAAUUGGUCGAACGUGAGUUGCAAGAAAUCUAUCUGACAAUGACCAGUAUUAAGGGCGUAAUCAAGAAUGAGGAAGAGCUGUGCCUCUAUAUUGAGCGCAUACAAGUGUUGCGUACGCGUGUUGGCUUCAUUGGCAAUGAAUUGGGACGCAUCGGGCUGCAAGAACCAUCCGUUGAACCGGAAAAGGUGGGCGAACUCUUCGCACUCUCGCACAAGAUCAACACGCAAAUUGCGGAAGAACUCGAAGGCGCCUCCGUGCUGCGCGAACAAUUGCGCGCCAUACAAGAGGGCAUACAAAAUCUGCGCAAACAUCAAACAAAACUCUCGGUCAUAUUGGAUGAAUGCGAAAGCGCUGAGAAACUGAGCAGCGAAGCUAUUGAAAAGGCGGUAAUCGAUUGUCAAACAGUUGGUGAAGAUCUCAUCGGCAAUUGGCAAGAAAUCAUGCGUAUACGACAAAUGUUGCAUACGUUGCCCAUGCGCUUGAAGAUGUCGGUGUCGCCUGUGAAAUUGGAGCGUGACAUCUCGCAGCUGCAAGACGAUCACGCCUUCUUGGAGAGCAAAUGCACGAACAUACUGGCAAUACUGAGAAAUCGCUUGGCGCUUUGGUUGCGCUAUGAGCGUCAGCUGGAGUUGGUACACGAUUCCGUGCAGGAGACUGACUUUAUGAUGGAAUUGCUGAAGGUGCACGGGCAGGUAGACUACGAGCGGCUGCGCAAGGCCACUGAGCGGCUAGAGGGUCUUGCUGGUGAUUUGCAAAAUCGCGAAACACUCUUGGAUGACUUAAAAACCUCGGCUAAGCCUCUUAUCGAAACAUGCGAUGUGCAAAUUGUCGAACAGAUCGAGUCGGCUGUGCAGGAUGCGGUUGUAGCUUGGAAUGAUACGUCGGAUAAUUUGCUGCAAUUGUGUACGCGUUAUCAGCGCGCUGUCGAGCUUUGGGAGAAAUAUCGCAACGCCUCGGCGGCCAUACGCAAUUACGUUGAACAGCAAAUGGAUACGGUGCAGAAUUUAGAACAGCCGCGGGAGACGCUGCAAAGUGCUAAGAUCUGUCAAGAUAAUUUGAGCUCACAAACGGAUCGUUUAUCGGAGCUGCGCGAUAUCGUUACGAAAAUAGCCGCCGAUAUUGGUUUGGAUGCCUCCGGCCUCAUGCAAGGCGAAUUGGAUGCGUUAGGCCAACGUUUGCAAGACUGCAAGGAGGCCAUUACCACAUUGGCCAAUGUGGCCGAAGCCAAGGAUAAAGAACGCAAGGCCAUCGACGAGAAUGUACAGCAAACGAAAGCGUACUUGAACAAUGUACAGAAGGAUGUCGAUCGCCAAGCGCAGGUCACUGCCGCCGGUGUGCCUAGCGAGGAGCAGCUAACGGCAUUGCGCACCCACCUGCAGACACUGGCACGCACCGAGGAAGAGCUGAAGCAGCUGCGUGAGCGCAAUAUUGAGAAUACGACGACUGAACGCGGAAAUCUGGCCGAUGAUGACAACACCAUAAUCGAGGUGCUAGAAUUGUGGCAGAAGAUAUUCCAGGAUACCUUCCAAGAGUAUCAUCGCCUCUCCACACGUUUGCUGCGCAGUCAGAACAGCGCUGAGGCAUUAAAGUUGUGGCGUCAAUACUUGCAACACGUGCAACAAUUCCUCGCCUGCAACAUACCCGAAGACUAUACAAGCCUCAAGGAGCAGCAGCAUCUGUGUGAGAUACAUCAGAAUCUGCUUAUCUCACAGCAAAAUGUGCUCGCCACACACACGGAAGCCGAACAACAACUCGAACCGGCACUCGCCGAACAAUUCAAAGUGCUGACGAACAUGCACAAUGAGACGCUGUCACGUAUUAUGCAACGCAAUAAUGAGUUGGAGGCGCGCAUGACUGCUUGGAACACGUAUCGCGCUGAUUUGGCGGCGCUGCUCGAGUGGUUGAAGGAGCGCGAGAAGGAGCGCACACGCUUGCAACUGCGUUACAUACACCUGAAGCGUGUGCCACGCCUCAAGCAGCGGCUGGAUGAGUUACUACAACAGUUGCCAGCAGGUGAAGCAAUGUUGACGCAGUUGAAGGAGCAACAAACUGGUUUGUUGCGCUUCUGCGACGAUGCGCUCGCCACCUCCAUACGCAUGGAACAGUCAAGUGUGGCACAGCGCAUUAACAACUUGAAGGCCGCACUCGAGACAUGGAAUAGCUUCCUAUUGAAAAUCUCACAGCUGGCGAGCGCUUACGAGCAACGUACCGCUCAGCUAGAUACCGAGUUCGACAAAGUGCAACAACUGGUAAACAAAACAAAUGCGCUGUUACCCACUAGCGCCAGUGAUAUACAGGAUUGUCUGAGUAAACUGCGCGCACAGCAAGUACAUCUUUCGACGCUCACGCAAGAUCUUGAAGCGCUUAAUGUCACACAAGAGGAACUCAAAGAGUGUAUUAGCCCGCACGAUAUGAAGGCCAUAAGACAGAAGAUUUGGCUGCACUGGCAGCAGCAUGCUGAUCUCGAAUAUCAACUCACGACUUUGAUAAACAUCAUCGAGGAGCGUUUGUCUUUGCAUGCGCUCUUCAACACACGCUACGACCGUUUGGCGCACUGGUUGAGCGGUCUGGAACACCGCGUUGAACGUGAUUCAGAUAUCUCAGCUAUUGCGAACCCCGAAGACGCAGCACGUCAGCUGGAUAAACAAAUCACCGCAGAGCUGCAACUGCGCGAAAAGGAUCGCGAAUGGCUGUUGUCUACGGGACGCGAGCUUAUCUCACUCUACACAGACAAUUCGCGCAAUGCAGAAGCCAUACGUCAUGAGGUGCAAGAGAAAUCUGAUAUGCUAAUCGAUCGUUGGGAACGGCUGAAGUACCUGAGCAAGCAGCGCGCCAACAAAAUUGGCGAUUUGAAGAUGACACUGCUGCGCCUGGAGGAACGCAUUGCCUUAAUACGUGCCUGGAUGUUCGAAGUAGAGACCGAAUUGGAUAAACCACUCACUUUCGACUCUUAUACACCACCGGUUAUAGAGGCGAAACUCAAGGAGCAUGAGAAGAUACAACGCUCCAUUGAGAAUCACAGCAGCAAUGUUGGUGAAGUGUUGAAUUUGGUUGAAAUGCUGCUAAAUGACGCGGAUACCUGGCGCUCGCAUGUGAACACCUCGAAUCUUGGUGUAUCUGCGCAGAAUCUCGAGAAACGCUGGAAGAAUGUCUGUCAGCAAUCCGCCGAACGCAAGCAACGCAUACUUACCACAUGGAAUUUGUUGCAACAACUGAUCAAAUUCACCACUGAGUACAAAACAUGGCUAAGCAAACAGGAGGCAGACAUUGCGGCCUACGAACGCGACCUUUCAACGUUGUCGAAGGAAGAAGCGGCCGCACGCCAAAAAGCUGUCGAAAGUAAGCUACGUGAACUAGAGGCACAAGAGGCGCCACUCAACCAAUUGGCGCAAACUUAUGCCAAACUGAUGAUGAGCGCUGGUGUUGAUCCCGAGAAUAUACAGAGUCUUACCAUGCCGACGAAGGUAAUGUUAGCGAAAUGGCGUCAACUCGGACCACGUUGUCAUGCUGUUAUCGAUGUGAUUGACAAAGAUGUCAAAUUGCGACGCGAUUUCGAGAAGGCACAACAAGAGGCUGUAAAUGCGUUGACUGGCAUACAAAGCGAACUGGACCGUUUGCAGAAACAACAGCCAAGCACACCCGCCGAAGCGCAAGCUGCUGUGAAACGUAUCGAAAACUUGGAAGCCAAGCUGAAACAAGCUGGCGAAAAAGUGGAAAGUGCUGACAAAUUGGCGGCCGAAACCAAAAAUAAAGCGAAACAAGACGAACUGACGCGCAUCGUAACGCUCAUCACGCAAUACACCACCAUUUGGCGUGAGUUGCAAACGCGCAUAGUCACAAUCAAAACCGAAUGGAUCGCCAAGGCGGCCGCCGCCGCUACCGGUGUUGCCGGCGCUGUUGCAGAGGCAGCCAUCACUGCGACACACGCAUCCGAAGCCGAUGCCGGCGUGCAAGUGAACACUUUGUCACAGCGCAAGCUGCGCAAGGCGCAAAUGCAACGCGAAACCUCGAUCACCGCCAAAGAUGCCUACAUCAUGGAGCUGGAGACAGCGAUCAAGGAAUGCCAAACGAAUCUCGAUGAGCUGAAGCGCACCAUUUGCGACAAGACACGCAAACCGGGUCCGCAAAAGAUGUCUAAGCUGAUUGGCAAUGCACAAUCGUCCACCGAGCUGGUGAAGCAUUUAAGCCAGCUGUUGUUGAGCGAAUGCCAGGCGAGCGCCGACGAGGCGCAAGUAGAGACAGUGGCAGAGCUGGCGCUGCGCUUCGAAACAUUGCUGUCGCAAUGGAAGACGCGCCAACAGCAAGAUCAAAAAGCUAGAAGUGCGCUUCCCGCUGCAUACAAAUUGACCUGCCCACAUGAGGUCGGACGCCUGACGUGCCCGCUUUGCACACAACGCAAUUGGCAGCAAAUCGACAACGAUCUUUGGCGCCUCGAGCAAUGGCUGCAAUUUGCCGAAGGUACACAGAAGGCGCAAACCACACCACCUUCGAAUAUUGAACUGCUCGAGGAUGUGGUGCAAGAUCAUCGCGAAUUCCUGCUCGAUCUCGAAAGUCACAAAUCGAUUGUGAUGAGUCUGAAUGUGGUCGGCGACCACUUGGCCACACACACAUUGGACACGGACAAGGCGCGUCAAUUGCGCGAUCGUCUCGAAGCCGAUAAUCAACGCUGGAAUGCUGUUUGUAUGGUUGCUGCCAAAUGGCAGGGUCUCUUACAAACAGCGCUCAUGGGCAAUAGCGAAUUCCAUCAGAUAAUCGAUGAACUGUGCGCAUGGUUGCAACAAACCGAACAGAAUAUCAAGUCAUCGGAACCGGUGGAUUUGACUGAGGAGCGUAGCGUGUUGGAGGCAAAAUUCCGUAAAUUCAAAGAAUUGCGCGCUGAAUUGGAACGUUGCGAACCGCGUGUUGUGAGCUUGCAAGAUGCUGCCGACCAGCUGUUGAAGUCCGUGGACGAGACGAGCGCCGAGUCGUCACACACCUAUGCAAGAACCCUUUCCAGGUUGACCGAUCUGCGCUUGCGUCUACAAUCGUUGCGACGUCUGUCCGGCAUCUACAUCGUGAAGUUGGGCGCGGUGCUCGGCUAUGAUGGUGACAAUAUGGGCGUGUCGCUGCAUAUGUUGUCGAAUGAGCUUUUGGAUCAAACUACAUUACCCUCUACAUCUUCUUCCAUGCAGGCAGCCGCACCAUACACUGAUAAUGCAAACGGCACCACCGGCACCGAUGCCGAUGCUGUCGAUGGCGAUGCCAUCAACACCACCGUACUUGCGCGCGGUGCACGCUUCCUCGGACGGGUUGCACGUGCCUCGCUGCCCAUACAAGCGCUCAUGUUGCUGUUGUUGGGUGUUGCCACACUUGUGCCCCACGGUGAAGACUACACCUGCAUGUUCUCGAACUCGUUUGCGCGCAGCCUCGAGCCGAUGCUGUCAUACCCGAACGGACCGCCACCGACGUAAUAGUGGGUGGUUGUCGCAAACCAAAACAAAACACACACAGAAAAAACAAUUAAAUUAAACGAACAAACAAUAGUAUGUAAGAAAAACGAAUAUAAAUAAUAUAUAUAAUACAUAUAUAUAAUAUAUGUAAGCAAAGUGAGAUUUGUAAAUGUGUAGGAAUUGUGUACAAGAUUGUACAGUGUUAAAUGGAAAAAAAGUUGCAUUUGGAAAAUUAAGCAAAAGAAGGGGAGUGUUUUGUACGCUUGCGUGAAAUUGCACAAAAGAGAAAAAUAAGAAAAGAAAAGAAAAGAAGAAAAAAAAUAAGCAUAAAGUCGUAUAUAUGCCUUGCUUGUAAUUGUAUGUACAAUAAACUAUAAACAAAUACUGAUUGCUAUAAAUUUGUACAGCACUUAGUGCAACAUAAAGAAUAAUUCAAAUACUUGCCGUACGAAGUUUCCCAGGUAGUUUGUACAUUUUGAUAGGCAUUAGAUAGCGCUUUGGAAUAAUUGACGAAACGAAACCGAAGUUUUGGAAAACAGUAAGUUAAACAAAAUGACGGCGAAUGAAUAAUGAAACUAGGGUAAUACAAAAAAAAUAAAAAAUAUAAGAAAAGCUGGCAUAACAGUUAUAAUAACAGUUACAAUAACGGUUAUAAUAACGGUUAUAAUAAUAGUUAUAAUAACGGUUAUAAUAAAGGUUAUAAUAUUGGUUAUAAAAGCGUUUAUAAUAACAAGUUAAAGCUAGCACAACAAAGUGCAGCAACUUAUGUGAAAUUUUAGUAUUUAAGCUUGACAUAAAAACAAAAAAUUACAACAAAAACAAAAAAACAAAUUACGAUACGCACAUAGAACACGAAAAAUUAUAGUAAAACAAAUUUUUGAUAUUUUCAGUACACGAAAAAGGACUAUUUGGCUGUGUCGCAAAACGACAACUAACAACAACAACAAGCAUGCCGUGUGCCAAGCGAAUUUCGUGGAACAUUUUUGCUUGACGCACGGCAUGACGCAAGCACAGCAAAAAAAAUGCAACAAAAAUGCCAAACAACAACAACAAACAAGUAGAAAACCGAAAUCCUUAAAUAUUUACAACAAAACUCUCCAAAAACUGAAAUUUUCUCAAAGCCACAUAAAGUAAAUUGCACGAACAACUUUCAAAAACGAAAAAAUUCAAAAUCCAUGACCCAAAAAAUUAUAUUGAAAACUGACAAACGCGCACAUUUUUGCAUGACCGCAUCUCCCAAAACACAGCGGUUGUGGCAAAACUGCGUGCAUUUGCUUUUUCGUAAAACAAAACAACAACAAAGUCAAUGUAACGCCAUCCUUUAGCGUAAAUAUGCGCGCAUGCGCACAAAUCUCUCCAAUGUGCGCUUGCUGGUUGGUUGCAAAGUUGACAAAAACAAGUACUGAAGCACGAUUAAUUUCGCAAAUCACAUCGAAAACAUUCCCAAACAGGCAUUACCAUAGUUAGUUUUUGCUAAACGCAACAUUUACUUUAUUUUCCAAAACUUUUUUAGUAAUUUCUUAGUAGUUAAAAAUCGAUAAAUGUUGUUGUUGCUGGCAUUAAUGUUAAUAAGUUUGUAUGUGUGGCGCAGUUGUUGUUGGAAAAUGUAACUAAAUGCGAGCAGCAAGUGUCCUCAAUUGGUGCUAAACCAAAUUUCAUUGAAAUAAAUUCCUUUUGGCUAAGAAAAAAGAAAGGAAAAGAAAAAAAAACUAAAUGGAAAAAACUGCAAAACAAAACGAACGAAGUGAAUUAUUAUUAUUAUUUUUUAAAUGAGAUUAGUAAAGGCAAACAAGCGAGUUGCAAAAUAAGCAACCAAAUAUAAAAAAAAAAUUAAUUAAAAAAAAAUAAAAUUAUAAAAAGAAAAAUAAAAAUUGUUAAGCCUAAAACUAGCACGCGCACUAGAAGCGCCUGUGCGUGAAUUUAGUUUUGCCAGAAUCCAUCCAUACACAUUUGCAUUGUUGUAGUGUGUAUUCUAAUAUAUAUUUUGUUUACUUUUUAUUAACUUUGGUAUGAAAUUUACGCUUUAUCUAUGCUUUUCCUAUGUGUACCUAAAACGCAUUAUGCAAACUUAUCGUUAAAAACUAUUUAUUCAUUUCGCUAUGGAUUUACAUAACAGACAUACAUAUACAAACAUGCAUGUAUGUAUGUAUGUGUAUGCUUACGAUAUUAUUAAUAAUUGUUUAAACGCUUAUGGCUUUGUUAAAUUUUCCGUAUUUUUAUACAACUACACUUAAAAAAAAAUUAAUGUAAAUUUAUUUAAAAAAAAUUUUUGUAAUAAAACAUUUUUUUUUACUUUAAGUAAACGAAAUGACCAUUACACGACAGAAACUGAAAAAGUAAAUACAGAAAUACAAAAAAAAA